AUGGCGUCGAUUGCUACUUAUAAUAAUGAGGAUCAGCCUCACACUCCAAUUGCCAUUUGCGGCAUCAGCAUUCGUCUUCCCGGAGGCAUGUGUAAUGCUGAUCAAUUCUGGCAGUCGGUCGUCAACGAACACGGCUCUCACGGCCCGGUGCAAUUGGAUGGCGGCGAGGACGGCCACGACUUGAAGAAUGGCCUGCGCCCAUUUGACGCCUCGCUCUUUUCCAUGACCGAUGAGGAAGCCAAGGACUGCAGCCCACAACAGCAGAAGCUCUUGGAGGUGACUCGCGAGUGUCUUGAAGAUGCGUGCGAGGUCAAUUACCGAGGCGAGGAUGCUUGCGUGGGCUGCUAUGUUGGUGCCUCUAAAGAGGAUCAUGCGUCGGUGGUUUCAUUCAAGAACGAUUUGAAGGGUCCAAGGAUGAUCACCAACUCCUCCCUUGUGGCCUUGCAUGAGGCUUGCUGCGCAGUGCGAUCUGGAAAAGCCAAGUCUGCAAUUGUUGUAGCAUCUAGUGUGAUGCCAAUUUCUGAGGAUGGCGCUGAAAAGGGCGAGGCGGUGUCCGCCGUGUAUAUUAAGACGCUGCCUGAUGCCAUUCGAGAUGGCAACCCAAUCCGCGCUGUAAUCCGCGCGUCUACUGUAGCAAGCAUUGCGGCCUCCCAUGAUCAAGACUCUGUGGCUGGGGCAUUUGUGAAGUUGAUUCUCGACGCCUAUGCUGCCGCCGACUUGAAUACCUGUUCGUCGCUUCUUGUUCAAUGUGAUGGCGUCAAUGGCCAUAUGGGUGAUUCGGGAGAAGCGUCUGCAAUUAGCAGCGUUUUUGGCGAUAAUGGAAUCCAUGUCGGCGAGGGCGCUCCUGGCCUUGUGAGCUUAAUCAAGGCUGUGGUCACUUUGGAGAACCGAGUUAUUCCUCCGACCGCCACUUCUACUUCUUUCGCUCAGGGAAAACUCAUUGUGGCUGCAAACCCUACUCCUUUUGCAUCUGGUCAUGCUGAAAGAAUCAGCAUCAACUCUGCUGACGCUGAGGGAUACGGCGCGCAUGUUAUUAUUGACUCUUAUCCCAAAUCUCCUUCGUGUACAUCUGAUUCUCAACCGGAGCUUGUUCUCUUCUCUGCACAUAAUUCAUCUUCUUUGGCUAAGCAAAUAGAACUCCAUCGUGAGUAUGCUCAGGCGCAUCCAAACAACAUUGUCGAUAUGGCAUACACACGAGCCAUGCGACGCGAGGCUCUGGAAUAUAAAGCAUUUUCCGUUCUUUCUACUUCCUCUUCUACUAAUACUUCGAAUUUUGUCAAGUCUUCUGCGAAGACUUUGUCCAUUGCUAUGAUCUUUAAUGGCCAGGGUGCGCAGUGGGCAGGCAUGGGCAGGGAGCUCAUCAUGAGCGACCCGGAUUUUAAGAAGGACAUUGAGAAGAUGGAUAACGUUUUGAAAGGAUUGAAGCUACCAGCCACCUGGUCAAUUAAGAAAGAGCUUCUUCGAGAUGCGACUGAUCCCGACAACCGGGUUAGUUCGCCGGAACUCUCCUACCCUCUCAGUACGGCGCUGCAGAUUGCCCUAGUCAAUCGUUUCGAACGCCUUGGAGUUGUGCCAAAGGCAGUCGUUGGUCAUUCCAGCGGUGAAAUCGCCGCGGCCUAUGCUUCGGGUUUUCUCUCUUUUAGGGAUGCCAUCGCCAUCGCUUACUACUAUGGCCAUGUCACCACUAAGAGCCAGAAGGAUGGCUCUAUGGCCGUGGUCAGUUUGGGUGUGGAGGAUGUGAGUGGCUUCCUGGAGGAAGGCGUGGUAGUUGCUUGCGAAAACUCUCCUACUAGCACUACCAUUUCUGGUGAUUGCGAGGUUGUAGAGCGAGUGCUCAUGUCUAUCAAGGCUUCAAAACCCGACGUGGUUACUCGUACUUUGCGCACAGGUGUAGCCUAUCAUUCUCACCACAUGGCUUUGCUUGCAGACGAGCUUCGUGGACUCUUGGAGAACGAAAAGGUUGCAUCAAAGGCAACGAAGAAAAACAAAGCUGUUUUUCUAUCCAGUGUUAGUGACAAGGUUUUGAAGAAGCAGAGCGACUUCGGUGCUGCUUAUUGGAUCUCCAACCUGGUGUCCAGAGUCCGAUUCAGCACUGCUGUUUCCAAUCUUCUUGCCAUGUCGCCCGGAGAGACUCUGUUUCUCGAAAUCGGGCCUCAUUCUGCUCUCUCUGUCCCUAUAUCCCAGAUAUGUGCGGCUACAGGUGUUCAGUGCAACUAUGUGUCGUCCCAAAGUCGCGGUGUCGAUAGCGCGGUGAGCUUCCUCUUUGCUGUUGGAAGGCUGUGGCAAGAAUCAGUUUCGCUGAAUCUGGCCCCGUUGUUUACCAACGGUAAGGCAAUUGCUGGAUUGCCCCAGUAUCCCUGGAGCCAAAGCAAUGCAGACGAGAGCGUUGAUGCCACUGGUCUAUCCCCCCGUGAAAAAAGGGCACGCAUUGUUGCGGAAGCUGGCUCUCUGGAGAGCGAGCUUGCAGACGAUGAGAUCCCGACGACAGAGAUGGAAGUGGUUCUUCGGGCUCUUUGGGUUGAAGUUCUUCGAGAUGUGAUCCAGGUCCACGUACGGGACAUUGGAAAGAAGCACAGCUUCUUUUUGCUUGGUGGUGACUCUCUAACAAGCAUUGAGCUGGUCACUGUUGCUUACCAGCAUGGCAUUCAUCUCAGCCCCGCCGCAAUCUCUAAUAAUUCUACACUUAGCAAAAUGGCAGCUGUGGCCGCUAUUGACGAGAGCAGUGCAGCAAUGACCGAAGUGGAACCUUUCAGCUUGAUGCCCCAGGAUAAGCUUGAAGACAUCAAGAAGCAGAUUCGGGAGGAGUGCAAGCUUAAAACGAACGAAGUCAUUGAAGAUAUCUAUCCCUGCACAACCCUACAAGAAGGUUUCAUGGCUUUGGGAACGAAGCAACCUGGCUCUUACAUCCACAGGGUGGUGCAUAAGCUAAUGCCUAAUAUUGACAUUGAUCAGUUCAAAGCUUCUUGGGAGGCUACCAUCAGUCAGUGCGGCAGUUUGCGUUCGCGAGUUAUGCUUACCGGUGGUCGAGCUCUCCAAGCUGUGAUUGCUGGAGACACUGCUUGGGAACACCCUGCUCCCGGCAUGGAUGUGCAAGCCUAUCUCAAAGGAACGCGAAGUGUUGGGAUGAGCUAUGGUCAACGCUUAAGCAGACAUGCUUUGGUCCGAGAAAGCAAUGGCAAUGUCUACUUUGUAUGGAUUAUUCACCACGCAGUAUUCGAUGGUCUGACUAUGCGAAUUGUCCUGGACAGUCUGUACGACAAUUAUCGCGGCAAUAACUCCAAAGCUUUGCGCUCAUACUCCAACUUCAUUCGCUAUGUGGAAUCUAUCGACGCUACUGCUUCUUCAGAGUAUUGGCGAAAGGAGCUUGAUGGUGCCCAGCGCUCUCAUUAUCCGUCCGCUAAGCUAUCCUCCAUUUCUGAAGAUAAGGUUAUGAAGAGAAAGAUGCCUUUCAACAACACAAAGUCUGCUUCUGCUACUACUGCCACGGUUCUUCGUGCAGCCUGGGCCCUUCUCCUUGCACGCUACUGUGACUCUGACGAUGUGUGUUUUGGUACGACUUUGUCCGGUAGACAGGCAGCUGUACCUGGAUUGAACGAAAUCCCGGGCCCCAUGAUUGCAACUGUUCCAAUUCGUGUCAAGAUUGAACGUGGUAUGACUACAUCCGAGUUCAUGAAGCAAAUUCAGACACAAGCGUCAGAAAUGGUUGCCCAUGAGCAGUAUGGCCUUCAAAACAUCUCAAAGUUGGGCCAGGAUGCUGAAGAAGUAUGCGAAUUCUCCAACUUGAUUGUUAUCCAGCCGAAUAGCCAUUUGACGUCCAGUGCCGAUACCGCCUCUGACGCGAUUCUGCAACAAGGACCAGCUGAGAAAGCUCUCUCAGAAGAGGCUAUGCGUAACUAUUUCAACUAUCCUCUCGUUUUGCAGCCUCGCAUCGGCGAGGACAGCAUUGAGUUGGAGUGGACUUAUUACGCUGACGCUGUUUCUGAGAGCCAAAUCGAGGCUCUGUGUUUCCACUAUGCACACAUUAUCCAGCAGUUGCUUUCUCCCAGUGACAUGCUUCUCAGUGCUCUGACGGUCUCUGGCCCAUGGGAUUUGGAACAAUCUCUUAAAAACAACAAUGAGACACCUGAAAUUGUCGAAUUGUGUCUGCAUCAACUUAUCGAGAGACAGGCUGAAGAGCAACCUAGUGCCAUCGCGAUCCAGGCUUGGGAUCUGGAACUGACCUAUGACCAACUCAACAGCGCUGCCAACCGUCUUGCUCAUCAUCUCAUCAAGACGUGUGGAGUCAAAGAUCAAGAUUUUGUGCACGUAUGCUUCGAGAAAUCGGCCUGGUUUUUUGUCUCUAUUCUCGCAAUCAACAAAGCUGGUGCUGCCUGGGUUCCCUUGGACCCCUCGCAUCCAGUUCAGCGACAGCAACAGGUUGUCUCACAGACCAAAGCGAGUCUGGCAUUGGCCUCCCCCAGCAAUGCUGAGAUGUGCUCUCAGCUGGUUGACAACGUUGUCGAAGUGUCUUCCAGCAUGGAUGAGAAGCUGGCCAAGACGGAGUUGAGCUCUGCGCCAACGCGCGUCGUAUCGCCAUACAACGCUGCGUAUUGUCUAUUUACCUCGGGCAGCACAGGCACCCCCAAGGGUCUAGUUAUGCAGCAUGCAGCCGUCUGUACUUCACAGACUGCUAUUACCAAGCGCCUUGGGAUGACAGCAGACGUGAGAAUGCUACAGUUUGCUUCCUUUGUCUUUGAUCUCUCUAUUGGUGAGAUUGUAGGCCCUUGGGUGGUUGGAGGCUGCCUCUGUGUCCCGUCUGAGCAUACACGGAUGAAUAACCUGGUUGAGUUUAUAAACGCCACGAAGAUCAACUGGGCGUAUUUGACUCCCUCGUUUACACGGACCUUGAAUCCCAGUGAUGUCCCCGGCUUGGACUUGCUCCUGUUUGCCGGUGAGGCUGUUGGACGAGACGUGUUUGAGGCCUGGUUUGGAAAGCUGCGACUAGUCAAUGGCUGGGGUCCUGCUGAGACUUGUGUCUUCUCAACCUUGCAUGAGUGGAAGAGUCUGGAGGAAUCGUCCUUGACAAUAGGUAGCCCGGUUGGCGGCUAUUGUUGGAUCGUUGAUCCGCAAAACCCACAGCGACUGGCUCCUGUCGGAACCCUCGGCGAGGUUGUCAUCCAGGGACCUACUAUCCUUCGUGAAUAUCUGGCCGACAAAGACAAGACCGAGGCAUCGAUGAUCCGGAACCUUCCUGAGUGGGCGCCGAAACGCACGGCCACAAAUUGGAAUCGAUUUUACAAGUCUGGUGACUUGUGUCGAUAUAAUGCGGACGGCACUAUCGAAUUUGCGUCUCGCAAGGACAGCCAGGUCAAGAUUCGAGGCCUGCGUGUUGAGCUUGGUGAGAUUGAGCAUCAUGUUCGCGAACACUUGGAAGGCGUCAAGCAAGUCACCGUUGAUAUCGCAAAGGGAGAUGGGGGCGCAUUCAUCAUCGCCUAUCUUUGCUUCACGGAGGAGACGCGUACCGCUGGCAAGAACUCCGAGACAAGCGUCAAAGAUGUAUUUGCCCCGAUGACUACGAACCUCCAAAGCCAGCUCAUUGCCUUGGUUGGUCAGCUUGGUGUGGUGCUUCCUCGGUAUAUGAUUCCAGCUCUGUUUAUCCCGUGCCACUACAUGCCCUUCAUCACUUCGACGAAGUUGGACAUGAAGCUUCUACGACUCGCACUGUCCAAUCUUUGUAAGGAAGACUUUGCGAGGUAUUCUCUCGUGGAUAGCAAGAAACGUGCUCCGGAAACUGACAUGGAGACUCGAAUCCAGACAAUCUGGGCCGAGCUUCUAAAGCUUCCCACUGAGUCUAUUGGUUUGGACGACAGUUUUCUGAGAAUGGGCGGCGACUCCAUUGCUGCGAUUUAUUUUGUGUCCGCUGCCCGCGAAGCUGGAAUUCUGAUCGAUGUCAAAGAUGUUUUUGAUGACCCUCGUUUGUUCCAGGUGGCUUCCAAGGCUACCCUUGUUAACAGCCCUGGCCCAUCUUCACACAUCAAGCCGUUUAGCCUGCUGGAAGACUCAAUGCGCAAGUACAUGCAAAGUUCUGCUGCAAGAGCUCAAUACGGCCUUGGGAAAGAUCAGGCAAUCGAAGAUGCCUACCCAUGCACUCCCCUCCAAGAGGGUCUUAUGGCUCUCACCGCCAAGCAGGCGGGCUCGUACGUUGCGCAUUGGUUUCAUAAAAUACCCAACCAUAUCGACAUUGCUCGAUUCAAAUCUGCUUGGGAAGACUCUGUGAAGCUUACAGCCACGCUGCGGACCCGUAUUGUACUUGAAGAUGAUUUCGCAGUGCAGGUUGUUGUUACAAAUGACAGCGCAUGGGAGGAUACGACAGGCCACAACCUUGAAUCCUACAAGCAAUUGAUCUCUAAGCUUGACAUGGGAUAUGGAACUCGCCUUACUCGAUUUGCUCUUGUUGAGGACCAAGAUGACGUCUAUUUCGUAUGGAUCACUCACCAUGCCAUCAAUGACGGUUGGAGCAUGCGUAUUGUCUUGGAUAACGUCUAUCAUUACUACCAUGGCCGGAAAGCAUCCCCUUUGACUCCUUAUUCUAACUUUGUCAGCUAUGUUGGCCAAAUUGAUGACGACGCUACAGCCAACUUCUGGCGAUCCAAUCUAUCUGGCGCUCAGAAACCAAUUUAUCCAGCUCCUGGAAAUCGCCUUGUUACUGAUCGCUCCGAUGGCGUGGUACGUGUUGUGGAUCGCUUGGUGUCCUUUGAAGGCCAUAAAGAUACAUCAAUUACGAUGGCCACUAUACUUCGAGCUGCGUGGGCGAUUGUACUGGGACGACGUUGCGAAGCCAGUGAUGUUUGCUAUGGAGCCAGCGUUUCUGGUCGCCAAGCCCCUAUUAGCGGUCUUUUGUCAACUUCUGGAGCUGUCAUUGCCACUAUUCCAAUCCGAGUUCAUUUAGGAGCAGAUAAGCCCGCGAAGCAACUGCUCCAAGAGAUCCAAGAUCAUGCGCUAGACAUGAUUCCUUAUGAGCAGUAUGGAUUAUCCAGUAUCUCAAAGCUUAGUCCCGAAGCUCGAGAGGCAUGCGACUUCACGUCGUUGCUGGUUAUUCAGCCCAAGGAACAAGAAAGCGCCAUUUUUAACACUACGGACGGAUUGUUGCAUUCUGGAAGCGACGAGGAUCAGUUAACGAUUGAGUCUAUGAACAACUACUUCAACUAUCCAUUGGUCAUGCUCAGCUUCAUGGCUGAAGAAAGCGUAAGCCAGAGAUUUUGUUAUAAUCCAGAUAUCAUGUCUGAGCGAGAAGUUGAAGCUCUUUCUUAUCAGUUUGAGCACAUUAUUCAGCAGCUUUUAAGCCCUGGCAACAAACUGGUCGGAGAUAUAACUCUUGUUGGUGAGCGAGAGAUACAACAUGCCGCUGAUGCGUCUCUCUACCGCCCUGCCACUGAGUCUUGCACCCAUUGGGAGAUUUAUAAGCAGAUUGAGGCAAAUCCAGAUGCUCCCGCGAUUGACUCUUGGGAUGGCAAGCUUACUUAUGGCGAAGUUGGUACUUUGGCCUCUCGGUUAGCUGCCAAGCUACAGAGUCUUGGCGUUGGCCCUGACGUCCUAGUUCCUAUAUCGUUCCCCAAGUCUACCCCGGCCAUGAUUACGAUAAUUGCUAUCCAGAUGGCUGGUGGUGCUCUUGUGCCUCUUGAUCCUGCGGCUCCAAUAGCUCGUCUGCAAAGUAUUGUUUCGGACACGCAUGCUAAGCUGAUCGUUACUCACCCUUCUCUUAAAGAUAAGCUUGGAGGACUCGGCGUUGACCUCUUGAUCGUUGACAAUUCAUUUCUGCACCAACUUCCGGAUCCUGACACCAAGUUCAUCACAUCAGGUGCCACACCUGAUAGUCUCUACGCAGUUUUAUUUACGUCCGGUUCCACAGGCAAGCCCAAAGGUAUUCGAAUUCCGCAUAGCAGUCUCUGCUCUGCAAGUGAUGCACAUGCUGCCAGUACCGGCGUGGGCCCUGGCACACGUGUUUUCCAGUUUUCCGCGUAUACUUUUGAUAUCGGUAUACUCGAUGUCUUGAUCACUCUUAUGCGUGGUGGCUGCGUUUGUGUGCCUUCUGAGCACGAUCGUCUUAACAAUCUCGCCGGUGUGAUUAAUGACCUCCAAGCUAACUGGGCUAUCUUGACACCCUCUGUCGCUGAUAUGAUCAACCCGACUGAAGUACCUAGUUUGAAAACGCUCUGUUUGGCCGGAGAGGCCAUUUACAAGAAAACUUCCGAAAGGUGGCAGGGAUUUACUGACUUGCAUGGACUUUAUGGCCCAGCUGAAGCAUCUAUUUGCGCUUGGAACUCAGAUAUACACAACGGGCCUACCAACUUGGGCUUUCCUCUCUCUAGUGCUUUCUGGGUUGUCCAGCCCGACGACCCUGGCCGCCUGGUACCAAUUGGCUGCAUUGGUGAGCUGGUUAUCCAGAGCCCUAUCCUAGCUUAUGGAUAUCUCAACGUCGACGCCAAGGUUGCUGCCAACUGGUUGGAGGAUAUGGCAUACGACUGGCUUCCAGCUACUGCCUCUAGGCGAGGCUAUCGAACUGGCGACUUGGUCCGCCGCAAUCCUGACAAAACCUUUGAAUACAUGGGUCGAAAGGACAACCAGGUCAAGAUCCGUGGCCAGCGUGUCGAAUUGAGCGAAAUCGAGUACACUAUCUCCAAUAAUCUGCCAGGUUCGAAGCAAAUCGUGGUUGAUGUUAUUAACAACCAAGAAGCUGGUCUUAGUCUUGUUACCUAUCUCUGCUUCAGUGAUGAUACUAGAAGCAGUAAUAGCGACUUGGAAGAAAUUUUUUCGUCCAUAGCACCUGAGAUGAAGCAGCAGAUUUCUGCUAUGCUUAAUCAGCUGGGUGUCCAUCUCCCUCACUAUAUGAUCCCUACCAUCUUUGUUCCGUGCAAAUUUAUGCCGCUAAACACGUCCGGGAAGAUGGACCGCAAGGCUCUUCGGAGUGCAGCGGCCCUUCUUAGCAAGGAUGAACUUAUGGCUUACACUCUUUCCGACGAAGAAGAAAAGCAGCCACCUGAAACUCCUAUGGAAGCAAGACUGCAGCAAAUAUGGGCAAAGACACUCAAGGUUGCGCCUGAUUUAAUUGGCCGCGGCUCUAGCUUUUUGCGUCUAGGCGGUGAUUCUAUCGCUGCCAUCUAUAGCAUUAGGGCCGCAAACGAAGCUGGUAUCUCCUUGACUGUAAAGGAUAUAUUUGAUGAUCCUAGACUAUCACAGGUUGCCACAAAAGCUGUCGCUAUCGGUGGCGAUGUGAACCAACAGAACGCGACCUCUGAGCCAUUUAGUCUUGUCAGUACAGCUAUGCGUAGCUGGGCAUUGAGCGAUGAGCUUCGCAGCCUCUGCAAGUUGCUUCCACAUCAAACCGUUGCUGAUGUCUUCCCUACCACCAGCUUUCAGGAAGGUCUCAUGGCGAUGGCCGUGAAACAUCCUGGAUCAUACAUUGCUAAGCAUGCCUACAAGAUCCCCAGUCACGUUGAUAUUCAGCGCUUCAAAGAUGCCUGGGAGGAUACCGUGAAGAUUUCUGACAUCUUGCGUACCAGAAUUGUACUUUACCAGGGAUCCUCUAUCCAAGUUGUCAUCAAGGAUGAUAUUGCUUGGGAUCUGACAGAGUGCCAAGACAUUGUUUCAUAUGUCAACGCAACGAAGAAGGUUGAAAUGGCUUAUGGUUCGCGCCUUUGCCGGUAUGCCUUGGUAGAGGAACCCAGUGGUGACAACUAUUUUGUCUGGACCAUUCACCAUACCGCGUUCGAUGGAUGGACAAUGCAGAUUAUUCUUCAAACCUUACGGAGCAUUUAUCGACAGGAAGAUGUAAUGGCUUCUCGAGCGUUCUCAUCUUUUAUUCGUUAUACGUCUGAGAUGGACGAAGCUCAAGCUAAGGACUUUUGGUCCUCUCAGCUUCAAAAUGCUCAGAAAGCUGUCUUCCCUGCUAAAGGCUCCUCAACUGCUGAAUCCAUCACACAAGUUAUGAAGAAAAAGAUUUCUUUUGCAAUCGCAGAGGAUACUUCAAUUACAAAGUCAACCAUAUUGCGCGCGGCUUGGGCCAUUGUUCUAAGCAGAUACAGCGAUGCUGACGACAUUUCCUUCGGAACCACAGUUUCGGGUCGUCAAGCUCCUCUAGCUGGAAUCACUGAGAUUGCUGGCCCUGCAGUGGCUACUGUUCCUGUUAGAGUUCGACUUGAAGGAUCCAAACCUGUAGCUCAGUUUCUUCAGGAUAUCCAAAGUCAAGCUUCUGGAAUGAUAGCUUAUGAGCAGUUUGGACUUCAGAACAUUGCCAAGAUUAGUGAAAGUGCUCGUGAGGCUUGCGACUUUUCUAGCUUGUUGGUCAUUCAGCCAGGUCAUUUCCUGCAGUAUGGUGACGAUAGCAAGGAUGCGAUUCUUAUCAGUGCCUAUGAUGACAAGGCCAUUGAAGAAGAAGUCAUGCAGAAUUACUUUACGUAUCCACUUAUCAUGGAAGGUGUUUUGUAUGAAGACCAUGUGGAGCUGCUUGUAAUCUACAACGCCAGCGUUCUUGCCGAGUCUCAGAUAUCUGCUCUGUGCUACCACUUUGAGAAUGUUACGCAGCAACUUGCUCAUCAAGACGACCUUCUGCUUAGUGAUAUCUCUGUUGCUGGUUCCUGGGAUAUUGAGCAGAGUUACAAGGCUAACUCUGACGUGCCUGAGAUCAUCGACUCUUGUAUACACGAGUUGGUUGAGAAACAAGCUCUGGAGCGACCUGACGCCCUCGCCAUUGCCGGGUGGGAUCGAACCUUUACAUAUUCUGAAAUGAACGAGGCUGCCAACCGAUUAGCCCAUUACCUUGUUCAAAACUUUGCCAUCAAAGCAGAUGACCUGAUACACGUUUGCUUCGAAAAAUCUGCCUGGUACUUCAUUGCUAUUCUCGCAAUCAACAAGGCUGGUGCUGGCUGGGUUCCUCUUGACCCCUCUCAUCCAGAGCAGCGUUUGCGUCAGAUCGCUAAUCAAACUCGCGCAAAAAUUGUCUUGACUUCGCCUGCUAGCGUGGAUAUCUGCUCUAGUCUUGACAUGUCUGUCAUCGAGAUUAGCCCUGUUUUUGAUGAGGAGCUUAUCAAGUCUGGCAUUUCGGGCGCAACUGGGCCUGCCGUUAAUGUGACGCCUCGUAACAUUGCCUACGUCCUUUUCACAUCGGGCUCCACGGGCACCCCUAAGGGACUGGUUAUGGAGCACGGCUCAGUGUGCACUUCACAGACUGCUAUUAGCAAGGUACUUGGGACGACGGCUGAUGUACGCAUGUUACAAUUUGCCGCCUUUGUUUUCGAUUUAUCAAUUGGUGAAAUCAUGGUGUCUCUAUUUUCAGGAGCCUCGGUACAUGUUCCUGAUGAUCACAGCCGCUUACACAACUUGACAAGCUAUAUACAAGAAAACAAAAUUAAGUGGGCUUUCCUUACCCCUGCCUUUGCCCGUACCAUAAGGCCCGAGGACGUGCCUACUCUAGAGCUUUUGCUUUUAGCAGGCGAGGCAGUCAGUCACGAGGUAGUCAAAUCCUGGUUUGGCAAGGUUAGACUCAUCAUCGGCUGGGGCCCUGCUGAGACUUGUGUUUACUCGACUCUCCAUGAAUUGAAAUCAGCUAACGAGAGCCCGCUUAAUAUUGGCCGACCUGUGGGUGGCUUCUGCUGGAUUGUAGAUCCUGAAGAUCAUCAAAAGCUAGCUCCUACAGGCACAGUUGGCGAGAUUGUAAUCCAAGGCCCGACUCUACUAAGGGAAUAUCUGGCUGAUCCAGAGAAAACGAGGUCAUCGAUUGUAAACGACCUACCGGAAUGGGUCCCUCGCCGCGAGUCCCAGCUUUGGAGCCGAUUUUAUAAGUCUGGAGACCUGUGUUCCUAUAACCCUGAUGGGACAAUCGAAUUCUUGUCGCGCAAAGAUACACAAAUCAAGAUUCGUGGCCUUCGCGUGGAAUUGGGCGAAAUCGAACACCAUUUGCAGCUUGUUCUUGAUGAUGUGCAGCAGGUCGCAGUUGAUGUAUUCGAGGGUGAAAACGGAUCAAAUCUCGUUGCAUACUUUUGUUUUAGCAAGGAAACUAAAAGAGCCGAUGCACGUGUUGCACGCGAUAACGAGAGUCUGUUCGAUAUCGUCGAUGAAGAUCUCAAAACUCGUCUCAUUGCUGCUUCUGGCGAACUUCGAAUCCUUCUCCCAUCCUACAUGGUACCAACCUUUUUUAUCCCCUGCCAUUAUAUGCCGACCAGUGUUUCCAUGAAGCUCAAUCGCAAAGAAUUAAAGAGACGCACGGCUGGUUUAUCCACGGACGAGCUGUCCAAGUAUUCACUUGCUGGUGGUGAGAAGCGAAAGCCCGAGACUUCCAUGGAAAGCCAGCUACAACAGGUCUGGGCCGAAAUUCUCCAGAUAUCUAUGGAAUCAAUCGGGCGUGACGAUAGCUUCCUGGGUCUCGGUGGUGAUUCCAUCACUGUCAUUCAUCUCAUCAAUAUUUUACGUGAAGAGGGUAUUUCUUUAACUAUCAAGGAUGUUUUUGACGACCCUCGUCUGCUGGCUGUAGCUAGUAAAGCUAAAGAGAGCGAUGCCGCAAUGGAAGUUGAGGAAAUCGAGCCAUUCAGCCUUUUGAAUGAUGAAAUUCGCAAGAUUGUGCUCUCUGAUGAAUUCAGAAAAGCUCUCAAACUUUCUGCUGAGCAAGAAGUCGAAGAUGCUUAUCCAUGCAGCAAGCUUCCAGAAGGCCUUAUGGUCCUUUCCGUCAAGCAACCGGGAUCGUACGUUGCGAAGCACACAUAUCGUUUACCUGACAACGUUGAUUUGGAUCGAUUCAAAGAAGCAUGGGAAUACACUUCCUCUGCUAUUGAGGCUCUUCGCAGUCGCAUUGUGAUGGUCAACGGUUCUUGUAUCCAAAUUGUGAUUAAUGAAGAGCUUCCGUGGGAGGUAAUCCAGACGGAUGAUGUUCGUACUGCCACCGCCUCCUGUCAGUCAAUCCGAAUGUCAUACGGUAUGCCCCUGUCUCGUUAUAUGGUCCUGAAAGAUGGCCACGGGAAAAGCUAUUUUAUGUGGGCUAUUCACCAUUCAGUUUUUGAUGGUUGGUCCAUGAAGAUUAUGCUCGAGACAUUGUGGAGAGAAUAUGACGGCCGGUAUGCGCCUACCAUUCAGCCAUACAAAAACUUCAUUCAUUACACACUCAAUAUUGAUACAGAAGCUGCAUCUGAGUAUUGGAGCGCUCAGCUUGAGAAUGCCAAGAGAGCUAGUUUCCCGGCUAUCAGGAUGAAGGCAGGCGAGAAGAAGCACAUUACACGCAUGCUGACCAAAUCCAUCCGCUUUCCAGCCUCAAUGAACCCGGCUAUUACCAAGGCCACAGUUUUUCGAGCGGCUUGGGCUGUUAUUCUUGCCCGCUAUUGCGACGCUGAUGAUGUAGCUUUCGGGUCUACCAUCUCUGGCAGGCAGGCUCCAGUUCCAGGUCUGACCGAGAUGGCAGGCCCUGCCGUUGCUACUGUUCCAGUUCGAGUUCGUCUUAACUAUCAGCAACGCGUGUCCAAAUUCCUUCAGAAUAUUCAGAACCAGGCAUCCGAGAUGAUUCCGUUUGAACAAUUCGGUUUACAGAAUAUCGCAAGACUAGGAGCUGACGCUCGAGACGCCUGCGAUUUUACGUCGUUAAUGGUAGUUCAGCCGAUGAACCAUUUAGCCGGAGAUGAGGUAGACACUCUUUUGAUACCGACUGUUUCUGAACAGGACAUUCAGGAGGAUCAACUUCAAAACUACUUCUCUUAUCCUCUUGUUUUGCAACAACUUAUGUAUGACAAUCGGGUUGACCUUGUCUUGAUCUACGAUUCUGUCCUUUUCCUCGAGUCCCAAAUUGUUGCGCUGUCUCAUCAAUUUAACGAGGUUAUACAGCAACUAGUCAGUGGCAGAGAUUGCAAACUUGGCGAGAUUUCCAUCGCUAGUUCUUGGGACUUUGAUCUUAUUCAAGCCUCUAAUGGUGAUGGUCCCGAAAUUAAUGAUGAUUGCGCCCAUCUCGUCAUUGAACGCCAAGCCAAGGCAUCUCCUCAUGCCGUGGCUGUUGACGCUUGGGAUGGUAAAUUUACAUAUAGUGAACUUGAUCUGGCCGCUAAUAGACUGGCCAAUUUACUGGUUAGUCGCCACGGCGUCAAGACUGGAGACUUCAUUCAUGUGUGCUUUGAGAAAUCCGCCUGGUACAUGGUCUCGGUUCUUGCGAUCAAUAAGGCCGGAGCUGCUUGGGUUCCUAUGGAUCCAGCACACCCAUUCCAACGCCUUCAGCAGGUGGCUAGCCAGACAGAUGCCAGAUUGGCUCUUGCCUCUUCCACCCAUAAGGACCUAUGCUCCAGGCUGAUAUCCUCUGUCAUCGAAGUCUCUUCGACUUUGAACGAGCAACUUAAAGAAGACGCAACUAUCAACGACGAGAAGCCCUCAGUCAACGUCAAGUCAAGCGAUGUCGCUUACGUGAUUUUUACUUCGGGCAGUACCGGCGGCCCCAAGGGAUUUGUGAUGGAGCACGUAUCUCUUUGCACUAGCCAGCGUGAUAUUGCAAAGAGACUUGGUGUAAAGAGCAGCGUUAGGAUGCUUCAGUUCUCAUCCUUUGUGUUCGAUUUGUCUGUUGGAGAAAUCUGGCUUGUUCUUAUGCAUGGUGGCUGUGUUUGCAUUCCGAGCGAUCAUGAUCGCCUUAACAACUUGGUUGGAUUCAUUGCGAACGCUCAGGACGUUCCCAGCCUGGAGCUCGUUCUUCUCGCUGGCGAACCUGUUAGCCAGGAUGUCUUUGACCUCUGGUUUGGCAAAGUUAGGCUGGUCAAUGGUUGGGGUCCGGCUGAGACGUGUGUUUUUAGCACAUUGCACGAAUACAGGUCGUCUAACGAAAAUCCUCUAACUGUUGGAACACCCGUUGGAGGAUAUUGCUGGGUUGUUGGUGCCGAUAAUCAUCAUCGUCUAGCCCCAGUCGGGUGUAUCGGCGAACUUGUUAUCCAGGGGCCGACACUUCUUCGCGAGUACCUGGCUGAUCCAGCCAAGACUGCCUCGUCAACCUUGACGUCUUUGCCCAGCUGGGCACCUCGUACAAGCUCAAAGCUCUGGAGCCGUUUCUACAAGACGGGCGAUUUAGGAUUCUAUAACUCUGACGGAUCUAUCCACUGUUCAGGUCGCAAAGAUUCUCAGGUCAAGAUUCGAGGGCUUCGUGUUGAACUAAGCGAAGUUGAGCAUUCCCUUCGAAACUCUUUUGACUCUCUUCGCCAAGUCGCUGUUGAUGUGUUCCGAGCGGAGACUGUCACCAAUCUGGUUUCCUAUCUCUGCUUCAGUGACAACACCAAAACGCCUGGUCCUAGCACUGACCCUGAGGGCAAAGACGUUUUUCUCUCUAUGACUGAAGCUCUGCAGAGAGAGCUGCAUACUGUGGUUAGCAAGCUCAGUGCCUCGCUACCUAAUUACAUGAUCCCGACCUACUUCAUUCCUUGCAGCUACAUGCCUCUUAUUUCAUCUGGAAAAUUAGACAAGAUUAAGCUUCGCAAUGUUAUGAGUGCCUUAUCUCAAGGAGAUCUAGAAGCUUACUCACUUACGGAUGCCAACAAACGCGCUCCAGACACGGAAAUGGAGAUCCGAUUACAGCAUCUGUGGGCUGAAGUCCUUCAUAUUCCUGCUCAAACUAUUGGCAAAGACGAUAGUUUCCUUCGAGUUGGCGGUGACUCAAUUGCUGCCAUUCGCUUAGUCUCUAUGGCCCGCGAGGCUGGUAUUACUCUCAAGGCGGCUGAAAUUUUUGAGGACCCGCGUUUGUCUGCCAUGGCCGCUAUCGCGGGUACAGCUGAUGAAAAUCAUGAGUCAUUGACCCAUAUUCCUGCGUUUUCUCUCCUUGAUGAGGAUACUCAGCGCCUGAUUCAGGCUCCCAGCAUUUACAAGAACUACGGUCUCGAUCAAAGCCAAGAAAUAGAAGACGCCUAUCCAGCUACGAAGCUUCAAGAAGGCCUCAUGGCUCUUUCUACCAAGCAGCCUGGGUCCUAUAUCGCAAAAUUCCUAUACCGUCUACCUGAGUACGUUGACGUCUCUCGUUUCAAGGAUGCUUUGAAGAGUACAAUUAGCGUCUGCAGCACCUUACGCACACGAAUCAUUUCAACUGACGCAUCUACCACCCAAAUUGUUGUGAGUGGUGAUUGUGAGUGGGAUGCCGUUCAAGAAACAGACAUUCGGACAUAUCUUCAAACAAUCGGGGACAUUCAAAUGACUUACGGCUCUCGACUCUCGCGGUACGCUCUUAUCAAGCAUUCAGAUGGUGAUACCUAUUUCAUGUGGAGCAUCCAUCAUGCCGUUUUUGACGGCAUAUCAAUGCAUAACAUUAUGAGUAUCCUUACGAAUGCCUAUUACGGCGAAAGGAUAACUGAAGUACCGGCGUAUUCCCGCUUUGUCAAGUACGCACUUAACCUCGAUGAAGAAGCGGCAGCUUCAUACUGGAGAGAGCAGCUACGAGGCGCUCAUAAAAAUGACUUCCCGGCUUUGAAGAAAGGACUUAGUCAAGCAGGUGCCACUCGAGGUUUUGAAAGAUCCAUUGAACUCCCCAAGAUGGCUUCUUCGGAAAUCACGCUGGCCACCGUUAUUCGAUCUGCUUGGGCUUUGGUUCUCGCACGCUAUAACAAUACUGAAGACAUAACCUUUGGUACGAUAACUUCCGGUCGCCAGGCCCCUUUGCCUGGGCUGAUGGACAUGGUUGGCCCAGUUGUUGCCACGGUCCCUGUCCGAGUUCAAGUAGAUCACACACAGCCCGCUCUUGACUUUCUUCGCACCGUUCAAAAGCAAGCCUUUGAAAUGAUUCCGCAUGAGCAAUUUGGUCUGCAGAGUAUUGCUAAGCUGAGCAAUGACACUAAAGAGGCUUGCGAAUUCACAUCGCUCUUGGGCAUCCAGCCCGUUCAGCAUAUUUUAGGCUCCAAGGGUACUGAAUCCGUCCUUGUCGAAGCAGAUGCGCAGCUGAAGGAAGAGGUUGAAUCAUUGCAAGAUUACUUUUCAUAUCCUCUUGUUGCUCAAGCACACCUAUAUGAAGACUGCAUUAAGCUUGUUUUUAUAUACGACUCAAGUGCAGUAGCCGAUAUCCAGACUGAGGCAUUGUCCCAUCAGUUUGGUCAUGUUAUACAACAGCUUGCAGCUGCUACGAGCGAGAAUACUUUGGAUUCCAUUUCCAUUUCUUCUGCUUGGGAUUUAGACCGUUAUAUCUCUGCCAAUGGCGACCCUCCUGAGGUUGUUGAUGCUUGUGUGCAUAGUCUCAUUGAGCGUCAGGCUGGAAUCCGACCUGACGCUCCAGCCAUUUCAGCUUGGGAUGCCGAAUUUACGUACAGCCAACUUAAUAACACCGCCAAUCGACUGGCCAAUCACAUUAUCAACACUUAUCAGAUCAAGCCCGAAGAUUUUGUUCAUGUGUGUUUUGAAAAAUCGGCCUGGCACUUUAUCGCCAUUCUUGCGAUUAACAAAGCGGGAGCUGCAUGGAUUCCACUUGAGCCAUCUCAUCCGGAGCAGCGGCUUCGACAAGUCAUCAACCGAACUGGUGGUAACUUAGUUCUGACUUCCAACUGUAACGCGGCUCUCAUGUCUGCCUUUUUCGACAACGUCCUGGAAGUCACGCCAAGUCUUGAUCAAACGCUUGUUACCGCAGUUAGCUCCAAGGCCCCCAAGGUCAACGUCAGUCCUUGCAACGCCGCGUACGUUUUAUUUACGUCUGGCUCAACUGGCACCCCCAAAGGCAUUGUUAUGGAACAUAGAUCUCUUUGCACUUCACAAAUCUCUUUCGCAAAAAGGCUAGAGAUUACACCUGAUGUUCGAAUGCUCCAGUUCGCCUCCUAUGUAUUCGAUAUGUCACUUGGAGAAGCCAUUGCGCCGUUACUUAGCGGUGCUUGUGUUUGCGUGCCAUCAGAAGACAUCCGAAUGAACAGUAUUACGGAAUACAUUUGUGACCAACAUAUCAAUUGUGCCAUUCUUACUCCUUCCUUUGCCCGGACAAUACAGCCUGAAGACGUCCCUACCUUGAAUCUACUUCUUGUUGGAGGAGAGUCCAUUCCCAGAGAUCUUGUCAAGACUUGGUUCGGCAGGUUACGUCUAUUUAAUGGCUGGGGACCCACGGAAACUUGUGUCGUUAGCGCUUUGCAUGAAAUCAGAUCGGCUGAUGAGAGUCCUUUAACUAUUGGCACACCUGUUGGAGGAUAUUGCUGGAUUGUUGACCCUGAAAAUCCGUUAAAGCUAGCACCGUUUGGCACCCUAGGAGAGAUUGUUGUUCAAGGUCCAACGUUACUGCGCGAGUACCUGUCAGACUCAGAACGCACCACGGCUUCUACUGUCAAGACACUUCCUGAGUGGGCUCCUCGGCCUAAUUCUGUUCAUUGGAGUCGCUUUUAUAGGUCUGGUGACUUAUGCUCAUACAAUCCAGACGGCACUAUCCAAUUUUACUCUCGAAAGGAUACUCAGAUCAAGAUUAGAGGAUUACGAGUCGAACUAGGAGACAUUGAAUAUCACAUUCAGGUCGCUUUAUAUGGUGUUCGUCAACUUGCUGUCGAAGUAUAUCAGUCCGAAAGUGGUACUAGUCUUGUGGCUUACAUCUGCUUUACCGAUGCGAUCCGCAUCGCUGGACCCAAUAAUGAUUGCGGAUGUCCAUUCCUUCCUAUUGACGAGGAGCUUCAAGCACGGCUUCGUACACUAGUGGGCGAGCUUGGAGUGAAACUCCCCGCAUACAUGAUUCCUACCUACUUUAUCCCAUGUAGCUUCAUGCCAUCGGUUACAUCUGCUAAAUUAGACCGCAAGGAGCUACGCCGAAAUACUGCUGGCCUGACACAUGCCGAAUUAUCAGACUACUCUCUACUCGAUAGUACGAAAAGAGCUCCAGAAACAGAAAUGGAACGCAAGCUUCAGCAUAUUUGGUCUAGCAUUUUGGGCAUAUCAAUAGACUCUAUCGGCCGUGAUGAUAGUUUUCUCAUGCUUGGAGGAGACUCGAUAGCCGCAAUUCAGCUCGUUGGUGCCUCUCGAGAUCAGGGUAUUUCCAUCUCGGUCAAGGACAUUUUCCACGACCCUCGACUUAUCUCUGUGGCUAAGGCUGCCCAACUAAUGAACCCUUCUGAUGACGACCAUAUUGGCCCUUUCAGCUUAUUAGAUGAUGAACAGUAUCGCCUAGUCACUGGUACUUCUGUUAGAGCUGAGUGCAAUUUAGGACCUGAAGCGGUCAUCGAAGAUGCGUAUCCGUCAACCAAGCUUCAGGAAGGCCUUAUGGCCAUGUCUGAAAUGCAAGGUGGCUCUUAUGUCGCCAAACAGGUUUAUCGCCUGCCUGAACACGUGAACCUAGACAAAUUCAAGACAGCUUGGGAGCGUACUAUUGAACUUUGCAGCAAUCUGAGAACUCGUCUUAUUGUUGCUGGAGAGUCUAGUUUGCAAGUCGUCGUUAAGCAUGAUCAGAUUGAGUGGGAGACUUCUCAUCAAACUCUACAAAACUAUCUCUCUCAAAGCUUUACAAUGGGAUAUGGCGACCGUCUCUGCCGUUACGCUAUGAUUCAUGAGCCAUCAGGAGAAAAUCAAUUUGUUUUCAGCAUCCAUCACGCCAUUUUCGACGGCUGGACUCUCCCUAUUGUCUCAAGAUGCUUAAACUCCGCUUAUUACGGACUUGAGCCCCCAAUUAUCCAACCAUAUGCUGAAUUUGUUAAAUAUACCUUGGCUAUUGAUGAGGAGGCUGCUGCUGAUUACUGGCGUCAUCAGCUUAACGAAGCCAAAGUCGCCUCGUUCCCACCACCGGCACAAACUAAGCCCACUCAGUCGAUUACUCGAAUUCUUGAGAAAUCUCUUAUAUUCCCUCACUCGAGUACUUACGGUACUACCAAAGCCUCCGUUCUAAGAGCUGCCUGGGCUCUCGUGCUAUCUAGGUACUCCGAAAGUGAUGAUGUGACUUUUGGUGUAAACGUCUCCGGCCGUAACGCUGCUGUUAUUGGCAUUGAAUCAAUGCCUGGUCUAGUAGUUGCUACUGUUCCUGUCCGCGUGCGUUUAGAUUCCGAUCAAAGCGUCUCUCAUUUCUUAGAGGGCAUUCAAGACCAAUCCACUUCUAUGAUCCCUUAUGAACAGUUUGGUCUACAAAAUAUUUCCAAGCUUAGCCCUGAGGCAAGAAAUGCGUGUGACUUUUCAUCUCUAAUGGUUAUCCAACCCAUGUCCAGCAUCGGUGGCAACAGCAGCACCGAGGAUAUUAUGAUUGCAUCUGACGAUGCCACGGAGCAAAGAUUGCAGAGCUAUUUUACUUAUCCGCUGGUUGUUCAAGCACAAUUAUACGAUGAUCAAGUUAAACUAGUGCUCAUUUAUGACGCCAGUGUUUUGAAAGAGCAUCAACUUACGGCGUUAUCUACCCAAUUUGAACAUGUUGUUCAACAGCUACUUGCUGGAGACACUGCGGCUAAAGUUGGAUCUAUCAGUGUUGCUGGACCAUGGGACUUGCAAAAGGCUAUGGAUUCCAAUAUUAAACAACCUGGUCUUGUCAAUUCUUGCAUACACGAGAUUAUCUCUCAACAAGCAGUCCGGAAUCCUCACCAUGAAGCUCUUUACUCUACCGAAGGCACCAUAUCCUAUGCAACUUUGGAUCGCCUUUCAAGUCUCUUAGCUCAUUACUUGCAAGAACACGGCGUAAAGCCUGAGGAUGUUGUUCCAUUCUGUUUAGAAAAGUCCACCCUAGCUAUUAUUGCUAUGCUUGCUAUCUUAAAAGCCGGUGGUGCUUUUAUUCCUUUGGAUCCGUCACAUCCCCACGAUCGGCGCAAGGCUUUGGUUGAGGAAGUUGGUGCUCAGGUCAUGAUUGUCUCCUCUUCGAGCUUUCUUUCUUGCGACGAUUUAACAUCUACUACUGUUGAGCUUACUACUCUAUUACUUGAGCAGCUUGCUUUUGAUUAUGAUGCUUUUCAACCGGUUCACCCAAAACCUGAACCUCACAAUGCCGCGUACGUUCUUUUCACGUCAGGCUCCACAGGCAAGCCAAAAGGUGUGUUGAUGGAACACUCUGCUUUCAGUACUAGCACAAUUGGCCACGGCCGUGUGUAUAACCUCGGACCAACUUCUCGCGUCUUUCAGUUCUCGAAUUACAUCUUUGACGGGAGCUUGGGUGAGAUUUUCACAACUCUCUCCUUCGGUGGCACGGUUUGUGUGCCUACUGAGACAGAGAGGCUCCAGGCAGCGCCUUCAUUCAUGCACAGGGCUCAAGUCAAUACAGCAAUGUUAACGCCAUCAUUUGUUCAGACCUUUACACCUGAACAAGUUCCAUCACUGCAGCUGCUUGUGCUGGGUGGCGAACCUUCGUCGAAGGACCUUCUUGAGACUUGGUGUAAACAUCUUCGUCUCGUCAACGGCUAUGGCCCAGCCGAAGCCUGCAACUACGCGACAACUCAUGAUUUUGCCGAUAGCGACUCUCCUUGCACAAUCGGACGUGGUUUCAACAGUGCUUGCUGGAUCGUUGAUCCAAACAAUUAUAACAAGUUGGCCCCUGUCGGCUGUGUUGGAGAGCUGAUCAUUCAAGGAAACACCCUCGCUCGGGGCUAUAUCAACGACUCCGAAAAGACUUUAAGCUCCUUCGUAACCGAUAUUGACUGUUUGCCUAAAUCUCUGAUUGCUGGUCCACACAGAUUCUAUCUAACAAGCGAUCUUGUUCGAUAUACCGCCAAUGGCGAGAUAGAAUAUCUUGGAAGAAAAGACACCCAAGUUAAGCUUCGUGGGCAACGUCUCGAGCUUGGGGAAAUUGAAUACCACGUCAAGCGAUCUUUGUCAACCAUCGAGCAUGUCGCUGUUGUUUUGUGUCACGGGGAGACAGGUGAUGUCUUGAUUGCAUUCAUUUCGUUCAAAGAUGUACUUGCCCCCAGCUCAAAUAACAUUGUCAAUCUCGGUGAUGAAAUGAAAUUUACCCUAGCGGGGGUUAUGGAGAAUUUGAAGAGUUCUCUCCCAUCUUAUAUGGUACCAUCUACCAUUAUACCAUUGAGACAAAUGCCAUUUAUUACCUCAAUGAAGAUUGACCGAAAGAAAUUGGCCGGCUUAGCUUCUGGUCUAUCCUCAGAAGUGCUCUCAUCCUUCUCUCUUGCCAGUCAGGAUUAUGUUACACCAACCACGGCUAUGGAGAAGAAAUUGGCCGAUUUAUGGGCGCAAGUUCUCAAGAUGAGUUCCCAUGAUAUCGGCAAGAAUGACAGUUUCCUUCAAAUCGGUGGUGACUCCAUCACGUCCAUUCAUUUGGUUUCGCUUGCUCAACGAGCCGGCAUUAAUCUGAAGAUUGCGAACAUUUUUGCCGACUCAAAGCUAUCAUCCAUGGCAUUAUCAGUUGCGGCGGGCGAAAUUGAGCCAAUUUACGAAGUAGUACCAUUCUCAAUGGCGGCAACUAAAGAUUUGAACACUCUGAUCGAACAAGUUCGUACCAAGUGUGAUCUAUCCAACUCUGCCGUUAUUGAAGAUAUCUAUCCCACAACAAGCUUCCAAGAAGGGCUGAUGGCCUUGACUGUCAAGCAGCCUGGCUCUUAUAUCGCCAAGCAAACCUAUCGUCUGCCAAAAGAUAUCGACUGUGCUCGCUUUAAAGCAGCUUGGGAAGAUACCAUGAAACUCUGCAGCAACCUCCGUACACGUAUAGUUCUCUCUGGUGACUCUUCAACUGGCGGCUCUCCGAUGCAGGUUGUUGUGAAAGAUGUCGGUUCAUGGGAUGCGACUUCUAAUAUGAGUCUUAAAUCAUACCUUCAUUCUACUCAAAAUCUCCAAAUGGUGUAUGGUUCUGCCCUUAGUCGUCAAGCUCUUAUCGAGCAGGAUGAUGGAGAAAAGUACUUCGUGUGGUCUGUUCACCACACUGUGUUUGAUGGCUGGACCACUCGUUUGGUUUUAAACACCUUGGUUUCAGCCUAUAUGGGCGAUGAGAUUACGCCUUUUGAUUCCUAUGCCCGUUUCAUUAAUUAUACGACCCUCCUCAACCCUGAAACUGCAAAGGCCUAUUGGAGCGAGCAGUUACUAGAUGCAAAGCGAGCAUCAUUCCCUGUGGCUACGAGCAAAGUACCUCGGAGCAAGAUAUCUAAUACGCGCGUGUAUGAGAAGGUCAUUGAGCUUCCGCAAUUUGAACAAACGUCCAUAACGAUGGCGUCCAUCUUGAGAGCCACUUGGGCUCUGAUCCUCGCUCAAUACUGCGACAUGGAUGACGUUACCUUUGGUACUACAAUUUCUGGCAGACAAGCCCCAGUUGCAGGCAUCACUGAAAUGACCGGCCCCGUUGUAGCUACUGUCCCCAUACGUGUUCAGCUAGAUAAGCAAGCGUCAGUGUCCAAGUUCCUGCAAGAUAUUCAGAAUCAGGCUGCUGGAAUGAUUCCCUUCGAGCAAUAUGGGCUGCAAAAUAUCGCAAAGUUGAGCAUUGAGGCCAAAGAAGCCUGCGAUUUUACAUCGCUCCUAGUCAUUCAGCCCAUGAAGGCGCUCCUUGAUACCGGCGAUCGCGAGACUAUUCUCGAACCAUUUGAUGCUACUGUCCACGGCGCAGGAGAUUUCAUGCAAGACUAUUUCUCCUACCCUCUUGUCAUCCAAGGACACGUUUAUGAGAACUCUAUCAACCUAAUGCUCAUUUAUAACACGGAUGUUCUGCCUGAGCAACAACUGCUAGCUUUGGCUCAUCAAUUCGAGCAUGUCUCCCAGCAACUUGUUGCAAACGAUAGCUUGGCUCUCGAAGAUGUUUCUCUUUCAGGCCCAUGGGACCUGGAAUAUGCAUUGCAACAAAACCGAGAGAUGCCCGAGAUCAUUGACUCUUGCGUCCACACCCUCGUUGAACAGCAGGCUGCCAUCCGACCUGAUGCCCCUGCAGUUCACGGCUGGGAUGCUAGAUUUAGCUAUGCUCAGCUGAAUGAGGCCGCCAAUAGAUUAGCAAAUCAUCUUAUCGAAGAAUAUGAGGUUAGCUUUAACGAGCUUAUCCACGUUUGCUUCGAAAAGUCUGCCUGGUUUUUUGUUGCGGUCCUGGCAAUCAACAAAGCCGGCGGAGCUUGGGUUCCAUUAGAUCCUUCCCACCCAGCUCAACGCCAUCAGCAGGUUAUUACGCAAACAAAAGCUCGCCUCGCCCUUGUCUCGUCUGACAAUGUCUCGACCUGUGUCGAUCUCGUUGACCACGUAGUCGAAGUUUCUUCGACUACUAAUGAAAGCCUCAGCAAGGCUGGAUCUUCUCGGCAUAACCCUGAUCUCAAGGCUUCAUCCAGCCACGCCGCGUACGUUCUCUUCACCUCGGGAUCCACAGGAACCCCCAAGGGUCUUGUAAUGGAGCAUGGAAGUGUUUGUACGUCACAAACAGCCAUUGUAAGGCGCUUAGGAAUGACGCCGAGUGUUAAAAUUCUCCAAUUCGCCGCGUUUGUGUUCGAUCUUUCCAUUGGAGAAAUCGUCGCUCCUCUUAUUACCGGCGCAUGCACAUGCGUUCCAUCAGAGCAUGACCGACUAAAUGAACUGCCAAGAUUUAUUCAACAGAACAACAUUAGCUGGGCCUAUCUCACCCCUUCGUUUAUUCGAACUCUCAAUCCAAAAGACGUGCCAAGCCUGGAUUUAGUACUACUAGCUGGUGAAGCCGUUAGUCGAGAUGUCUUGGACGUUUGGUUUGGCAAAGUUCGUCUCAUCAAUGGAUGGGGACCGGCUGAAACCUGCGUGUUUUCAACCCUUCACGAGUGGAAGUCAAUUAAUGAGUCGCCUCUUACAGUUGGUCGCCCGGUAGGCGGCUUCUGUUGGAUUGUCGAUCCCGAGAACCCUUCCAGGCUCGCGCCAGUUGGAACUUUGGGCGAAGUUGUUAUCCAGGGUCCAACACUUUUAAGGGAAUACCUAGAUGAUGAAACUCGCACGUCUGCCAGCACUGUUCGCACUCUUCCGGACUGGGUCCCGUACCGUACUACCAGGCAUUGGGAUCGAUUCUAUAAGUCUGGUGACCUUUGCUCCUACAACGCUGACGGAACCAUUGAAUUUGCGAGCCGUAAAGACACGCAAAUCAAGAUUAGAGGCCUUCGUGUCGAGCUGGGUGAGGUUGAACACCACCUGCAGACUGCUCUCAGCGGUGUAAGACAGGUAGCUGUGGACGUCAUUAGAUCUAGCACUGGUGCUAGUUUGGUAGCGUACAUCUGCUUCAAUGACGAGACGAGAAUGACAGGUACUCGUGGAAACGCUGAUGAAGGCGGUCCUUUCACUGAGAUAGACGAGAAGCUACAGGAGAGCCUCACUACCGCAGUCGGCCAGCUGAGCAUCUCACUGCCCCGAAAGGAUCUUAAGAAACGAACGGCGGCUCUUACCCGGGAAGAGCUUACGAAGUACUAUCUUAAGAAAGAUAAGAAGCGUGCACCAGUCACAAUGAUGGAGAAGAUUCUUCAAAUUAUAUGGUCACAAAUCUUGUCUAUACCAUCUGAAAAGAUUGGUCUUGACGAUAGCUUCUUGGGCUUGGGCGGUGAUUCAAUUACAGCCAUCCACCUGGUGUCUUUAUCUCGGGAAUACGGCAUCCUGCUCACAGCUCAGGAUAUCUUUGAGGAUUCGAGACUGGUCACAAUUGCAGCACGUGCGAAGAAGGUGGACUCGGUCAUUGAAGAGAAUGCUGAGAUUUCUCCGUUUUCGCUCCUCAGCGAUGAACCGAGCAAAUUAGUCAAGGCUGAUGAUAUUCGUGCACAGUACAGCUGGUCAUCUGGAAUUAUCGUGGAUGCCUAUCCUUGUACGUCCCUGCAAGAAGGCCUAAUGGCCUUGUCGGCUAAGCAACCAGGAUCGUAUAUUGCCAAAUACUACUAUCGCAUGCCCAGCAAUGUGAAUAUUCCUCGAUUUAAGGCAGCGUGGGAGAAAACAGUCGCUUUAUGCCACAAUCUCCAAACUCGCAUCAUUCUUAUUGAUGAUAAAGCUACACAGGUCGUUGUUGACGAGCCGAUCGUUUGGACUGAUAGCCAAGAUUUGGCGACUGCAAUCUCAGAGAUGAAAUCAGUGCAGAUGACAUACGGCUCCGUCCUGUCCCGAUUCGUUCUUGUCAAGCAAGAAAACGGCGAUGCCUUCUUCUUGUGGGCAAUUCAUCAUGCUGUCUUCGAUGGCUGGACAAUACCUGUCAUAUUUAAUGUUUUAUACACAUUGUAUCGCGGCGCCGAACCAGUUCAGCCUGUUUCACACGCUCGAUUUGUGAAAUACAUCAUGAGUGUUGACAGAAAAGAAACCACCAACUACUGGAAAGCUCAAUUAAGUGACGCCAAGAAAUGCACAUUCCCUCCUGCUAACACCUCUCGCUCAAGCGACACGCAUGUUCUUGAGAGAUCCAUUACGUAUUCUCAGAGCACGGGUUCCUUUACCAAAGCUACAAUUCUUCGUGCUGCAUGGGCUCUUGUGCUUGCCCGGUAUUCGGAAAGCAAUGAUAUUACUUUUGGAACUACAAUCUCAGGUCGGCAAGCUCCUGUAGAUGGCGUUACUACCAUGGCUGGCCCUGCCGUUGCCACUGUGCCCAUUAGAGUUCGUGUUGAUAAACACCAAACGGUUUCUGCCUUUUUGCAAAACAUCCAGAGCCAGGCUUUGAGCAUGAUUUCGUAUGAGCAAUUUGGUUUACAAAACAUCUCAAAGAUAAGCGACGAUGCCAAGGAAGCUUGUGACUUUACCUCGCUAUUAGUUAUCCAGCCAAUUGAGCAGCUAGAACACCAUGGCGAUGAUGCGCUUCUAGUCGCUGCCAGCUCAGAAGAAAUUGGAGAAUCAAACUCUGUGCAAAACUACUUUUCUUAUCCUCUUGUGAUCCAGGGCCAUCUCUAUGACAACAAGAUUAAUCUCAUGUUGAUCUAUGAUACUCAGCUUCUUUCGCAGAAGAAAAUGGAGGCCCUAGCUCUUCAUUUUGAUAAUGCUAUUCAAGAGCUGACAACCCAGAGCGAUAAGCUCCUCAGUGCUGUAUCUCUUUCGAGCAAUUGGGACUAUGACCAUGCCAUUGAACUCAACCACAAUUCUCCCGACGCUGUUGAGCGAUGCUUUCACGAAAUGAUUGACGAAAUUGCUUUGGUUCGAGGCAAUGCAUCAGCCAUUUCUGGCUGGGAUGCCUGCUUCACCUAUAAGGAAUUGUUAGCAACAACCAACCGUAUUGCUCAUCAUCUCGUGGGUUCCUAUGGUGUAGAAGCGGGAGACAUUAUUCAUGUGUGCUUUGAGAGAUCAGCCUGGUUUAUGAUUGCUAUCUUGGCCAUUAAUAAAGCUGGCGCAGCUUGGUCAGCCCUCGAUCCAUCUGGCGCACCUGAACAUCACCACAAGAUUAUUAGCCAAACUGGUGCCAAGCUGAUACUAACAUCGACCACCAAUUCUCAGAUAUGUGCUGGCCUAAUGUCCAACGUUCUUGAACUAACAUCUGAGCUGGAUGCUAGAUUGGCCAAGAAUCUCAACUGGAAUACUUGUCGACCAGCCGUGAAUGUCACAUCUAGUGACGCCGCUUAUAUCCAAUUCACCUCUAUGACUUCAGAUACACCCAAUGGCGUUGUCAUGGAGCAUGCUUCGCUUUGUACCAGUCAGACGUCUUUAUCACAUGCCCUUGACAUGAAUGAUGGUUUCAAAGUUCUCCAGAUCUCGUCCUACUCCUUUGAUGCCGCACUCUUUGAGAUUUGCUCUACACUUCUUUCGGGAGCUUGCUUGCAUGUGCCUUCGCCGAAAGAGCAAUUGGUAGACUACAUUCGCAUGCACAAGAUCACAUGUGCACUUUUGACACCUACAUUGGCACGAACCAUCCGCCCUGAUGAUGUUUCUUCUCUAGAAGUGCUGCUGAUCGGUGGCGAAACUGCUACUCGAGAUGUCCUCGAUACUUGGUAUGGCAAACUCCGUUUGUUCAAUACCUGGGGCUCUACUGAAUGCGGUGUCGCUGCGUCCAUCCAUCAAUGGACUUCAGCUGAGUCCCCUAAUGUUAUUGGGCGUCCGGUCGGUGGCAAUUGCUGGAUCGUUGACCUGGAGGAUCCCACGCGCAUGGCUCCUAUCGGAACCGUGGGCGAAAUUGCGGUUCAAGGUCGCAGCCUCUUCCGCGAAUACCUUUCCGACCCCAUCAAAACAGCUGCUGCUACUAUAACUGGUCUUCCAUCAUGGGUUCCCAAGGGCGAUUCUGCCCGUCAUGAUCGUUUCUACUUGACUGGUAACUUGGGCUUCAUUAAUGAGGACGGCAACAUGGAAUAUUGCGCUCGCAAGGAUACACAAAUCAAGGUUCGAGGUCAGCGUCUUGAGCUUGGAGAGAUUGAGCAUCACAUUCAAACACACCUUGAAGGUGUCCGACAAGUUGCCGUUGACGGCAUCAACUCGGAGACUGGCAUGACGCUCGUCGCCUUUAUCAGCUUCUCUCAUAGCUCUGGAGCAAAGGAAUCAGAGACGUUAGAUACAGACAACAUCUUUGUACCACCUGAUGAGAAUCUGAGAAUUACACUCAGCAUUCUAAUAGGGGUUUUGGGCACUCUGAUGCCUCAGCAUAUGAUACCGCGUGUUUUCAUUCCCUGUGCCCGUAUGCCUCUUAACACUUCGAUUCAAUUGGAUCGUAAGAAGCUCAAACAGUUGGCAAACACCCUUAGUGAAGAAGAUUUAUCGCUCUAUUCGCUCACUAAUGACGACAAGAGAGCGCCUCAGACAAUUAUGGAGGUCCGAAUCCAACAAUUAUGGGCAAAAGUCUUGGAUGUUUCUGUUACAUCAAUAGGUCGCGAUGACUCAUUUAUUCAGAUGGGGGGUGACUCUAUUCUUGCUAUUCAGCUUGUUACUGCUGCUCGGGAUGCAAACGUCAAACUCACAGUGGGAGAUAUCUUCGAUGACCCACGACUACAUAUAGUUGCCUCCAAAGCCACUGAGAUCGCCGAAGAGGGCCAGCUGGUACCCAUCAUUGAGCCCUUCAGUCUUUUAGAAGACUCACUCAAACAAGUUGUCCUCAGCCAGAGUGCCCAAGACCAAUAUGGUCUUCCAGCCGAUAAAGUGAUAGAAGACGCCUACCCCUGUACCAAACUUCAGGAAGGUCUCAUGGCCCUCUCUGUUAAGCAGCCAGGAUCAUACAUUGCCAAAUUCCUCUACCGCCUCUCUCGGAAUGCCAAUGUCUCUCAUUUCAAAGCCGCUUGGGAAGAAACUGUUCGCACUCUACCCAAUCUUCGAACCAGAAUCUUCACUGCGGACAAUGUGUCCAUCCAAGCAAUCUUCAAAGAUGACAUCUCUUGGCAGUCGAGUCAAGAGAGUUCUUUGCGCUCUUACAUGCGCUCAGCUCAGAAUUUUGAGAUGGCGUAUGGCUCGCAGCUCAGUCGCUAUGCUCUGAUUGAAGACAACGGCGAUACAUAUUUCGUACUCUCGAUACAUCACGCCAUCUAUGAUGGAUGGAGUUUGAGAAUUAUUAUGGAAGUCUUGCACUCUAUUUUCCGCUCACAAAGCGUUAUUGCUGUAGAGCCCUAUGUGCGAUUUGUUCAGUACACCUUGGAAAUCGAAAGCGAUACCGCCAUUGACUACUGGACAUCGCAAUUCCAAGGUGCAAAGCGGACUAUUUUCCCUUCCACCACAACUAAAGCAGAGAAGAAGGUGAAACUAAAUACAACCAAGACGACUGAGAAGACGAUUACUCUGCCUGUCUUCAAUGGCUAUUCCAUCACAAAGGCCACCUUGCUUCGAGCCGCCUGGGCCAUCGUUCUCGGCAGAUACUGUGAUUCUGAUGAUGUUACUUAUGGCGCCACUAUCUCUGGUCGGCAGGCAGCCGUCCGUGGCCUCUCCAAGAUGGUUGGACCUUGCAUCGCAACAGUUCCAGUUCGUAUUACCAUUGACAGCAAGCAGUCUAUUUCGGAUUAUCUACAGGCCGUUCAAAGCCAGGCAAAUGACAUGAUACCGUUUGAACAAUUUGGCCUGCAAAACAUUUCCAAGCUCAGCGCCGAUGCCAAAGAUGCAUGCGAUUUCAGCAGCCUGCUCGUCAUUCAGCCCGUCCAGUCUCUCUCAUACGUCGAUGAAGAUGCUGAUUCCCUCUUCGUUCCUACAGAGGUUGAAAAAGAGGUUGUUGACACCGUGCAGAAUUAUUUUACAUAUCCGCUCGUGGUUCAAGGGCAUAUGCAUGAAGAUUACAUUAAGCUCGUUUUGAUCCACGAUGAAGAUGUAUUUUCUGAAAUGCAAAUGGUUGCUCUAUCUCACCAACUCGAGCAUGUCAUAACGCAGCUUGCAUUACAUCCGGAAAAGGAAGUGAAUUCCAUUUCAAUCGCCAGUGACUGGGAUGUUCAAAAUUCUUUGAAACAGAACAGCGAUGUCCCUGACAUUGUUGAUUCUUGCAUUCAUCACCUCGUUGAGAGUCAAGCAACUUUGCAGCCGGAUGCUCUCGCUAUUAUCAGCUGGGACCGCGACUUCACCUACAAGCAACUAAAUAAAGCGUCUAAUAGGCUCGCGCACUUCCUCGUCAAUGAGCAUGGUGUUAAACCCGAUGAUUUAGUUCAUGUUUGUUUUGAGAAAAGCGCUUGGCAUUACGUUGCAAUACUCGCAAUUAACAAGGCUGGCGCUGCCUGGGUUCCCUUGGAUGCCUCACAUCCUGAACAGCGUCUCCGUCAGAUCGUUUCCCAAACCCGUUCUGUCCUUGCACUAUCUUCUCUAUCUAAUUCUGCUCUAUGCGCCGGUCUCAUCGAGAACGUCGUCCAAGUUGGCAUUGAGCUCGACACCAGGCUUUCGGAGACCGAACCGAGUGACCAUGGCCCUAUUGUCCGCCUCUCUCCACGCAACGCAGCUUAUGUAUUAUUCACAUCCGGAAGCACAGGGACGCCCAAAGGUCUUGUGAUGGAACAUGGAUCCGUGUGUACGUCGCAGAUCGCCAUUGCUAAGAGGCUGGGACUGGAUUCGUCAGUUCGAAUGCUGCAAUUUGCAGCCUAUGUGUUUGAUCUAUCAAUUGGAGAGAUUAUCGGCCCGCUGAUUUCUGGCGCUUGUAUCUGUGUUCCGUCAGACCAUAAUCGGUUGAAUAAUAUCGUUGAUUUCAUAAAGAAAAAGAGAGUCACAUGGACUUACCUGACACCAUCCUUUGUGCGCACAAUCAAGCCGUCCGAGGUGCCUAACCUGGAGCUUUUGCUACUUGCUGGCGAGGCUGUGCCUCGGGACGUUUUUGAAACUUGGUUCGGCAAACUGCGCUUAAUAAACGGAUGGGGGCCUGCAGAGACCUGUUGCUUUAGCACACUGCACGAGUGGCAGUCUCUUGACGAGAGCUCCCUCACUGUUGGCCGUCCCGUUGGUGGGUUCUGUUGGAUCGUUGACCCUGAGAAUCCGCAUUGCCUUGCACCGACCGGUACAGUGGGCGAAGUAAUCAUACAAGGACCUACAGUCCUUCGUGAGUAUUUAAGUGAUGCUGAACGGACCGAAGCCGCUUUUGUUAAAUCUCUUCCUGACUGGGCGCCGUUCCAUGGGGAAGCCAGUUGGAGCCGCCUAUACAAAUCGGGCGAUCUUUGCUUUUACAAUUCCGAUGGCACCAUUCAGUUCUCCAGUCGCAAAGACACACAGGUUAAAAUACGCGGUUUACGAGUUGAGCUGGGUGAAAUCGAGCAUCACAUACGGCUUUCAUUAACCGACGUGCGUCAAAUUGCUGUUGACGUUUUCAAUGGCGACAAUGGCACCAAUCUCGUCGCUUACUUCUCCUUCUGCGACGAAACCCGACAAAUCCAUGAAGCCGACGUAUCUGGGCCCUUCUUGCCAAUUGAGAACGACUUGCAAUCCCGCCUGACAGCCCUUGUCGGCCAGCUUGGUGUAUCCUUGCCCAGAUAUAUGAUUCCUACCAUGUUUAUUCCUUGCAAGUAUAUGCCCUCUAUUACAUCUACCAAGCUCGAUAGAAAAGAGCUUCUACGAUGCACUGCAGCCCUUGAUCAAACCGAAUUUGCUGCGUUUUCGCUACUUGGAAGCAAGAAGCGGGCUCCCGAGACUCAAAUGGAGAGCCUUAUGCAGGAUAUCUGGUCACAGAUCCUUCGCAUUUCAGCUGACGCUAUUGGCCGUGAUGAUAGCUUUUUAGGCCUUGGCGGUGAUUCAAUUACUGCCAUUCACCUAGUCAGUAUCGCUCGUGAGAAAGGAAUUCAGCUUACCGCGAAAGAUGUUUUCGAUGAUCCCCGUCUGCUGGCGGUUGCUAGUAAGACACAAGAACUUGAUGCCGAAGCCCAAGAAGAGCUUGCCGAUGCUUUACCCUUUAGCUUGCUUGGAUCUAGGGCAUGUGAGCUUGUCGUUGCUGCUGAUACUAAACAACAACUCAAGCUGGGUGAAAGCGACGCCAUUGAAGACUCAUACCCCUGCACUAAGCUUCAAGAAGGUCUUAUGGCUUUAUCAGUUACUCAGCCCGGAUCCUACAUUGCAAGAUACGUAUACCGUCUUUCUAGACAAGUUGACCUCGCGCGUUUCAAGUAUGCUUGGGAACAGACUGUUGCUCUACGGGAUAUUCUGCGUACUAGAAUCAUAAUGGUCGACGAUAUGUGUGUCCAAGUGGUCACGAGGGAAGCCGUUAUUUGGGAGGACUUUGAGUAUAAAGAUUUAAGUGAAGCCGUCCGUGCUACUGAGUCAUAUACCAUGACUUAUGGCUCGUCUCUGUCUCGUUACUCGAUUUGUGAGUCUAACGCCGGCGAGAAGUAUUUCCUAUGGACAGUUCAUCAUGCUAUUCACGAUGGCUGGUCUAUGCCUAUCAUCUUCAACACAUUCUAUCAAGCCUAUGAAGGCGUCGAACUAGCAGCUCCUAAAGCCUACUCCAACUUCAUCCGCUAUACCAUGGAGCUUGAUCAGGACGCCGCCGGUGACUAUUGGAAGACACAGCUUCACAACGCUAAGCGUGCCAGCUUCCCAAAGACCGGACUUUUAGAGAAAUCUACUGGAAGUGAACAGAAAACACGUGUCUUGUCCACGUCUCUCAGCUUUCCCACGACAUCUAAUGAAACGCUCACCAAGGCUAGUGUUCUAAGGGCUGCCUGGGCUAUUGUCCUUGCAAGAUACUGCGACAGCGAUGAUGUCUGCUACGGUGCUACUAUCUCUGGCAGACAGGCGCCUGUGUCCGGUCUUCUGGACAUGGCUGGUCCAGUUGUCGCAACUGUCCCUGUGUACGUCAAAGUCGACAAGGGCCAGGAAAUCUCAGAAUUCUUGCAGACAAUUCAAAACCAAGCUCAUGAAAUGGUUCCCUAUGAACAAUACGGUCUUCAAAAUAUCGCCAGGCUGAGCGCAGACAUAAGAGAUGCUUGCGAUUUCUCAUCGCUCUUGGUAAUUCAGCCUGUCCAACGUUUUUCAUCUGCCAUGGCCGACGAUGCCACUCUCUUGGUCCCUGCUCGUUCGGAGAUCAAGGACAUGGUGCAGGAUUAUUUCAGCUAUCCGUUGGUAAUCCAAGGUCACGUUUACGAUGAUCGAGCCGAUCUCGUACUAAUCUAUGACUCAACUAUCAUCUCGGAGCUACAGAUGACUGCUCUUUCUCAUCACUUUGACAAUGUUGUGCAACAGCUGCUCGCGGAAGAAACUGGUAAAUUGGGCGAUAUUACUGUUUCUGGAUCAUGGGAUCUUGAGCUUGCGCAGAGAUCCAAUGGCGACGGCCCUGAGAUUCUCGACGACUGCUUCCAUUUCAUGGUAGAAAGACAGGCAGAGGAAAGACCCAAUGCACUUGCGGUUGACGCAUGGGAUGGCAAGCUUACUUAUGGCGAAUUAGACCGCGCUGCCAAUCGGCUGGCCCAUCUGCUUAUUAGUCAACACGAGGUGCAGGUUGGUGAUACAGUGCAUGUUUGUUUCGAAAAGUCCUUCCGUUACAUCGUGGCAAUCCUUGCGAUUAACAAGGCUGGUGCCAUUUGGUGUCCUCUCGAUUCUGCUCAUCCCCUCCACCGUUUACAAGCUAUUGCCGCACAGACUGGAGCCAAGUUGGCUCUUUCAUCGACGGCCAAUAGGGCGCUUUGCGAGCAACUUGUUGAGAGCGUGGUUGAAGUUUCCGACCAUCUUGAAGAUACUCUCUCUGCCGAAACCAUCAGUGGCAAGAGACCUGAUAUCAAUGUCACUUCAAAUGAGGUCGCCUACAUUUUAUUUACAUCUGGUUCCACAGGCUCGCCUAAGGCUAUUGUUAUGCAACAUGGAGCUCUUUGCACCAGUCAAAUGGCCAUCUGCCAGCAUCUCGGUCUUGACCACACUGUCAGAAUGCUUCAAUUCUCAGCUUUCGUCUUUGAUGUAUCAGUUGGUGAAAUUGUGGAUGCUUUGAUAAGUGGAGCCUGUAUUUGCAUUCCUUCAGAGCAAAUGCGUCUCAAUAGUCUCGAUGUAUUUGUCCGCGAGUUCAACGUUACAUGGAGCUAUCUCACUCCAUCCUUUGCUCGUACAUUAAACCCUCAAGAUUACCUGGGACUUAGGCAGCUCAUUCUUAUGGGUGAAGCUGCUACUCAAGAUAUCCUUGAUACCUGGUAUGGUCUCCCCAACACAAGAUUUUACAACGCUUGGGGACCUGCAGAGACUUGUGUUUUUAACACGGUUCAUCCCUGGAAAUCUAACACCGAGUCACCCUUGGCACUUGGUAAAGCCGUGAAUUCUUUUGUGUGGGUAGUUGAUGCUGAAGACCACACGCGACUUGCUCCUACUGGUUGCGUGGGUGAAAUUGUCGUUCAAGGUCCGGCAAUGCUCAAAGAGUAUCUGGCCAACCCUGAGAAAACCUCGGCAGCCAUCAAUACUGACCUUCCGGAAUGGGCACCUCGGCGUGAAUCUACCACGUGGGGACGCUUCUAUAAGACUGGCGACUUGGGCUUCUACGAUCACAACGGCAUACUUCACUUUGCUGCUCGAAAAGAUACGCAGGUCAAGAUUCGCGGUUUGCGUGUCGAAUUGGGCGAAGUUGAACACCAAAUACGAGAAUCACUAGAAGGUGUGCGCCAAAUUGCUGUAGACGUGUUCAAGACCGAAAAGGGAGUAAACUUGGCUGCCUACUUUUGCUUCACAGAUGAAACUAUGACUGGUCCUCAGGACGAAGAUGUGUUCAUGCGUAUCGAUGACCAGCUGCAAGCCAAUCUCGGUGACAUGUUGGCCAAAUUAAACAUGUCAUUACCAGCAUAUAUGAUUCCUACACUGUUCAUACCUUGCGCGUAUAUGCCUUGGAUCACUUCUGCAAAAUUGGAUCGCGUCAAGCUUCGCCAUCUUACUGCCCAGCUUAACCAAGGCCAAUUGGAAGCAUACUCGUUGCUCAACACCAACAAGCAGGCGCCUGAGACUGAAAUGGAAACUCGUUUGCAAAAACUCUGGGCAGAGAACUUGAAUCUCCCGGAGUCUGCAAUUGGUCGACAAGAUAACUUUUUGCGUAUCGGUGGCGACUCCAUUGCUGCUAUUCGUCUUGUUUCAAUGGCUCGUAACGUUGGAAUUGCUCUUACAGUUAACGACAUCCUUGGUGAUGCCCGUUUGAUUGCAGUUGCAGCCAAGGCUGUCAAUAUUGACGCCAGUGACAAUGACGAGAUGCCACUUAAGGCCUUUAGCCUUUUACCUGCCGGCACAGAAGACCUCGUUCUAUCUCCCACAUUCAGAGACGAACUUGCGCUUGCUGCCGAUCAAAACAUCGAGGAUGCAUAUCCUUGCAGUAAGCUCCAAGAAGGCCUCAUGGCUCUGUCUGUUAAACAGCCGGGCUCUUAUAUCGCCAAGUAUGUUUAUAAGAUCUCUAAGCAUAUCGAUAUCCCUCAAUUCAAGCUUGCUUGGGAACGCACUGUGGAGAUGGCUUGCAAUUUGCGUACUAGAAUCGUUCAAGCUGGAGGUUCUUCUAUCCAGCUUAUUAUCAGCAACGAUGUUGCCUGGGAUGAAACAUAUGGCGAUUUACAGUCAUCGCUCGCCGGGGCCCAGACUCUAGAGAUGGGUUAUGGGUCUCGACUCUGCCAGUAUGCUCUUACCCACGAUUCUGACAGCACAUACUUUAUGUGGAAUAUGCAUCAUGCCAUUACAGACGGUAUAUCCACCCAGAAUAUUUUAAGGACGCUUUUCAACAUAUAUAAUGAUGUUGAACUGUCACCCCUCCCGUCAUAUGGCCGUUUCAUUGAGUACACUCUUAGCCUCGAUGAAGAUGUUACUGCAAACUACUGGAAGACGCAACUUCGCAACGCUCAAAAGGCAAUCUUCCCUCCUACAAGUAGUGUGUCUCAUAACACACCUAGUGUUACUCGCAUACUGGAGACGGCAAUUGAGCUCCCUGCUGACAUGAAAAACUCGACCAUUACAAUAGCUACGGUUGUCCGAUCAGCGUGGGCAAUUGUCCUUGCUAGAUACUGUGAUUCUGACGAUGUGACCUUUGGUACUACAAUUUCCGGCCGUCAGGCACCGGUGCCCGAAGUGAUGGAAAUGGCUGGCCCUACAAUUGCUACUGUUCCAGUCCGUAUUUGCAUCGACCGCCGGCAGCCGAUUUCUGAAUUCCUUGAAGGCGUCCAGAAACAGACCCUAGAGAUGACAGCCUUUGAGCAGUAUGGACUUCAAAAUAUCGCCAGAUUAAGCGAGGACAUCCGCGAUGCCUGCGAUUUUAGCAGCCUUCUAGUAGUCCAGCCCAUGCAGCACUUUAGUGGCACGAGCAGCGACGACGAUCUUUUCGUUCACGCUGAUGCUGGAGCGACCACAGUCGCUGACGCUGUCCAAAACUACUUUUCCUACCCGUUGGUUGUCCAAGCUCACUUAUACGAAAAUCAAGUGAAGCUUAUGCUCAUGUACGACCUCAAAAUCCUCCCAGAAGCUCAAUUAAUUGCUCUCUCUCAUCAGUUUGGCCAUGUUAUGACCCAGCUGAACAGCUCGAGCUCUGCGGCUUUAGAAACCGUCUCUGUCUUCUCGCCCUACGACAUCCAGACAGCAAAGUCCUUUAAUACGGCAGUUCCUGAAAUUGUUGAUUCCUGCAUGCAUGACUUGAUUGAGAGGCAGGCCAAAUUGAACCCAUCUGCUCCAGCGGUUGCUGCUUGGGACGGGAACUUUACGUAUAGUGAGCUUGAUAACGCCGCUAAUAAGCUGGCUCAUCACCUUAUUAAUGUCUAUGGUGUGAAGCUCAAUGACUUUGUCCACGUUUGCUUUGAAAAGUCAGCCUGGUACAUAGUUUCAAUACUUGCAAUCAGUAAAGCCGGCGCAACUUGGGUUCCUUUAGACCCCUUUCACCCUGAACAACGAUUACGGUCAAUCAUUAGCCAGACCAAAGCCACUUUGGCCCUUGUUUCGCCAGGCAACGUGAACCUCCUUUCAGCUUUGGUUGACAGCGUCAUCGCGGUAAACGCUGAUCUCGACGCCUCGCUUCCUGAGCAAGACGGAGCUCAAAGCCCCGACAUAUCUGUCCCAUCUCAAACAGCGGCGUACGUUCUUUUCACAUCCGGCUCCACGGGCACGCCCAAGGGAGUCAUUAUAGAACAUGGCUCUCUUUGCACAAGUCAGAAUGACAUUGCUAAGAGACUCCGCUAUCAUUCAAACGUGCGCAUCUUGCAAUUUUCCGCGUUUGUUUUCGACUUUUCUAUCAGUGAAAUCAUCAUGUCACUAAUUCACGGCGCAUGUGUCUGCGUUCCCUCGGAGGAGCAGCGAUUGACUGGUAUAGUUGAUUUUAUCCGCGAUAUGAAAAUCAACUGGCUUUAUCUUACACCCUCCUUCUUACGCACAGUAAACCCAAGCGACGUUCCUGCUGUUGAAUUGGUCCUUGUAGGUGGCGAAGCUCUGCCGCGCGACGUGUUCAAUACCUGGAUUGGCCGCGUUCGUUUAUUCCAGGCCUGGGGCCCUACAGAGGCAUGUGUCAUCAGCGCUGUACACGAAUUUAAAUCUGCUGCCGAGUCACCGUUAACCAUCGGUUCUCCUGUUGGCGGGUUCUGCUGGAUUGUCGAUCCACAAAAUCCACAGCUCCUUGCACCGAUUGGAACUCUCGGUGAGGUUGUUAUCCAAGGACCAACUCUAUUACGCGAGUAUCUUGAUAAUCCGGAAAAGACUCAAGAGGCAACUGUACAGACGUUACCCGAUUGGGCCCCCUUGCCUGACAGCAAGCACUGGAAUCGUUUUUACAAAACCGGUGACUUGUGCUCUUACAACGCUGACGGUACUAUUGAGUUUUCAUCUCGUAAGGAUACGCAAACGAAGAUUCGUGGCCUUCGCGUUGAAUUAGGCGAAAUUGAAGAUCAUGUUCAGGCCUCACUUGAGGAAAUCCGCCAAACUGUUGUCGAUGUCGUUCAAACGGACAAUGGCUCUAACUUGGUCGCAUACCUGUCUUUCACUGAUGAGUUACGUCAGCUUCACGAUGCCGAUGACAGCGGCCCGUUUAUUCCAAUGAGCUCAGAACUUCAGGAUAAGCUUGUUGGGGUUAUAGGGAAAUUACAUGUUGUAUUGCCCAGAUACAUGAUUCCUACAUUCUUUAUACCAUGCAAGUAUAUGCCUGCUGUUACGUCUGGCAAGCUCGAUCGAAAGGAGCUGAAAAAGCAGACGUCUGCGCUUAGCCAACAUGAUCUCACAAAGUUCUCUCUGCAUGCAGCUGAUAAACGCGCCCCUGAAACCGCAAUGGAACUUGAGCUUCAGAACAUCUGGUCAACUAUCCUUUCUACUCCUACAAAGCUAAUUGGUCGUGACGAUAGCUUCCUUGGCUUAGGAGGUGACUCAAUUAUGGCAAUCCAUCUAGUCAGCGCAUGUGACGAAGCCGGAAUUUCCAUUACAGUAAAAGAUAUUUUUGACGAUCCCCGUUUAUUUGCAGUUGCUUCUCGAGCUCAGCACUUUGAAAUCAUUGAACAAGAUAUGUCAAUUGCUCCCUUCAGUUUGCUGUCUGAAUAUAACCGCGAUAUGGUUCUUGGCCCAAUCAUUGCGUCUCAGUGUUCACUGGCUCCCGGCUGUGUUAUCGAAGAUGCCUACCCAUGUUCAAAACUUCAAGAAGGUUUGAUGGCUCUGUCUAUUAAACAACGCGGCUCCUAUGUUGCCCAAUAUGUAUACAAGCUAUCCAACAACAUCAACCUCGCCAAAUUCAAGGCCGCUUGGGAGCAAACUCUCGAGCUCUGUGCGUCCCUUCGAACUCGAAUUGUCAUGCUAGAUGGUGCUUGCGCGCAAAUCAUUGUGAAUGGACCAACAGAGUGGGAUGAAACUUGCCCAACGGACCUGAAGGGUGCUAUAGAAGCUACCCACUCUGAGAUGACUUACGGUUCAGUGCUAAAUCGUUAUGCUCUGGUCCAAGAUGCCAAGUAUGGCAAUCACUUCAUCUUAGUCACCCACCAUGCUGUUCAUGAUGGUUGGACACUUCGAGUCAUCAUGAACACGCUCUAUAGCAUAUAUCUGGACCAAGAGCUUCCCUCUCUUACUCCAUACUCUGCUUUCAUUCGUUACACACUCAGCAUUGACUCUCAAGAAGCCAGCAAAUUUUGGACCGAACAGCUGAGGAAUGCUAAACGUGCUACGUAUCCUCCAAUGCCUCGAAUCGAGUCCCACGCCGGUAUCACUCGUAUGAUGAAUAAGACCAUUUCUUUCCCUCCAUCUACAAAGACUGUUGCUACAAAGGCUACUAUCCUUCGUGCUACCUGGGCAAUCCUGCUGGCACGUUACUGCGAUUCUAACGAUAUAACCUUUGGAACUACUAUUUCCGGCCGACAGGCUCAUGUGCGUGGAAUCACAGAAAUCUUCCUCAGCGAAAUACAGUCGCAGGCGACGGAUAUGAUUGCGUUUGAACAAUUCGGUCUUCAGAAUAUAACAAAACUAAGCGUUGAUGCAAGGGACGCCUGUGAAUUUUCUUCGCUCCUUGUUAUUCAGCCUCGAACUCACCUGGACUCGAUCGGUAGCAAUGAUUUGUCUGAACCACUGAUGGCUCUAUCCGUUGAGGCUAGAAAUGCCGAGCAGUUGAUGCAGAAUUAUUUUACCUACCCCCUGGUUAUUCAAGGCCACGUCUUUGAUGACUCCAUCGAAUUGCUCUUGACUUAUGACUCUACAAUAUUGUCAGAGAUUGAAAUGGAGGCCCUUUCUCAUCAAUUCGAUACUGUUGCCAAGCAGCUGGUUCACGAAUCAGAUGAUCCGAUUAGUUCUGUCGCUGUUGCUGGCGAAUGGGAUCUUGAGCAGGCUAAAAAGUGGAAUACUGAGAAUCCCGAACUUAUGGAUACUUGUAUUCACAAUCUUGUCGAGAAACAAUCAUCCAUCCGACCAAACGUGCCAGCUGUGUGUGCUUGGGAUGGUGAGAUGAGCUAUAGCGAGCUUAACAGCGCUGCAAAUAAGCUCGCUCACCACAUCAUCAAGGCAGGCGUCAGGUCCAAUGACUUGGUACACGUCUGCUUUGAGAAAUCGCUUUGGUUCUUCGUCUCUAUCCUCGCGAUCAACAAGUCGGGCGCAGCUUGGGUUCCCCUUGAUCCCUCUCACCCCAAGCAACGCCUGCACCAAGUUGCCAGCCAGACAUUGGCCACACUGACACUUUCAUCUCCUACCAAUGCAGCUCUGUGUAGAGACAUUGUUGGGAACGUUAUCGAAGUCAACAGCAGUCUCAUCCAUAGACUCUCACAGACAUACGAUGGCGUCAAUGGACCUACCAUCCAUGUGCCGUCAAGUAAUGCUGCGUACGUGCUCUUCACCAGUGGCAGCACAGGCACGCCCAAGGGUCUCGUCAUGCAGCACCGUGCCGUCUGCACAAGCCAAACUGCUAUUGCUCAGAGACUGCGUCUUACCGAGGAUGUUAGAAUCCUUCAGUUUGCCGCCUACGUCUUUGACUUAUCUAUUGGUGAGAUCGUAGGACCGCUCAUUCACGGAGCCUGUAUAUGCGUACCAUCAGAAGAGAUGAGAUUGACGGGCUUAAAAGAAUUCAUCCACGACAAGGCUGUUAACUGGGCGUUCCUUACGCCUUCGUUCGUUCGAACGCUUAAGCCUGAAGAUAUUCCUAGUGUUGAGCUGCUACUUUUAGCCGGUGAAGCUGUUGGCAGAGAUAUUCUUAACAUGUGGUAUGGUAAGGUGCGCCUUAUCAAUGGCUGGGGCCCAGCUGAGACUUGUGUCUUUUCUACUUUGCACGAAUGGACCUCUAUUGACGAGUCUCCUUUGACUGUCGGCAAGCCUGUUGGCGGACACUGCUGGAUUGUUGACAGUGAAGACUCAAGCAAACUAGCACCGAUUGGCUGCCUGGGGGAGGUCGUUCUGCAAGGACCGACCUUGCUCCACGAAUAUCUCGCUGAUCCACAAAGGAGCAAAGAGGCAAUUAUCACCACAUUGCCAGCUUGGGCACCAAAGCAAGACUCUCAGCCAUGGAGCCGCUUUUACAAGUCAGGAGAUUUAUGUUUCUAUAACCCCGACGGCACAAUUGAAUUCUCUUCCCGCAAGGACACGCAGGUCAAGAUUCGUGGUCUUCGUGUUGAAUUAGGCGACGUCGAGCACCAUAUCCGCGAAUGCCUUGACGGCGUUCGCCAAGUUGCUGUUGAUGUUCUAAGAUCGGAAACAGGAACCAAUUUGGUCUCAUAUCUCUGCUUUAACGACGAUUCUCAGCCUGGUUCAUCGGACAUGAAAGCCAGCGAUAUCUACCUACCCCUUGAGUCCAAUGUUCAGGCUCGCAUUACUGCGAUGGUUGGUGAACUCAACGUAAACCUUCCUCGCUAUAUGAUUCCGACGCUAUUUAUCCCUUGCAAAUUUAUGCCAGUCAUUACUUCCACGAAAUUAGACAGAAAAACGCUAAAGGCAAUGACAACCUCGCUUGACCGGGAUCAAUUAGCACUCUAUUCGCUUAUUGACAGUAAAAAGCGCGCCCCCGAGACUUCAAUGGAGAUAUGUCUCCAAGCCAUCUGGGCUGAAAUCCUCAAUCUCCCUGUCGAUUCCAUCGGCCGCGACGAUAGCUUCCUCCAGAUCGGUGGAGAUUCCAUCACUGCAAUCCACCUAGUGUCAAAGGCUCGUGAAGCCGGUGUAUCAAUUCUCGUUAAAGACGUGUUCAGCGACUCUCGCCUCCUCGCUGUGGCUUCUAAAGCGGUCCUCUGUGACACAGCUCAGCAGCAACAGGAAGCGGCGGCUCCUUUCAGCCUCUUGAAUGAGCAAGUUCGAGCUCUAGUGCUUGGCGGUGACGUCCGCAAGUCAUGUGGCCUUUCCAACGACCAAACCAUCGAAGAUGCCUACCCUUGUACUUCACUACAAGAAGGUCUCAUGGCAUUAACUGUGAAGCAGCCGGGAUCUUAUGUUGCUACAUAUACUUACAAGGUAGCUCCCUUUGUCGACGUAGAGCGGUUCAGAGCUGCAUGGAGUCGCACCAUUGGAUUGUGUGGCAACAUGCGUACUAGAAUUGUUCUGGUGAACGGCACGCCAAUCCAGCUACUACUCAAGGAAGACAAUCAGUGGCAAUCCAUGGAGAAUGAAACGCUAGCCUCAGUCACAAAGUCCUCUCGAAACUUGCUUGUGGGCUAUGGAACCCCUCUUUGCUGGUAUGGCAUUCUUACGGAGAAGAAUGACCGAUAUCUUGUGUGGUCGGCUCACCACUCUAUCUACGACGGCUGGGUAAUGCGUAUCUUGUUGACAACCCUAUACAACGCCUACCAUGGCGCUGAUAUUACAGAGCUGUAUCCUUACUCUGGUUUCAUCAAGUAUAGCAUGGAGCUGGAUAGUACUGCUUCUGCCAACUUCUGGCGCGAACAAUUAUCUGGCUCUAAGAGAGCAGCUUUCCCAGCUCGCCAGUCUCCCACUAGCUCGAAAUCGUCAACGCGAGUCUUCAAAUCCACUAUCAAAAUUGGACAGCCCAGCCAAAGUACUAUUACAAGGGCCUCUAUUCUGAGGGCUGCUUGGGCCAUCGUCCUUGCUCGCUAUUGUGAUACUGAAGACGUGAGCUUCGGAACGACUGUCUCGGGGCGCCAUGCUCCUGUUGCUGGUCUUGAAACUAUGCCAGGUCCGAUGAUUGCAACAGUUCCCGUCCGCAUACGCAUGGAUCACACUGCUACCAAAGCUCAAUUCCUCGCUAGCGUUCAAAAUCAAGCCCAUGAGAUGAUUCCCUAUGAACAGUUUGGUCUUCAAAAUAUCUCUAAGCUGAGCCAAGAUGCCAAGGAUACAUGCGAUUUUUCGAGUUUGCUCGUCAUUCAACCUCCUGCACAGAACGUUUCAGACGAUCAGCUAGAGGGUAGCAUUCUAGUCUAUGGCAGCGAAGAGCAGAAUAAUACGGAAGAUGCCAUGCAGGAUUACUUCAACUAUCCCCUAGUGAUCAUCAUGAACACUUUCAAUGAUCACAUUACGCAACGGUUCUUCUAUAAUACCGACAUCUUGACUAAGGAUCGUGUCUCUGUUUUAUCGCAACACAUUAGCCACGUUGUCGAGCAGCUUUUGGAUAAUGGCGAUGGGAACCUUGAUAAUAUUGAUCUUGUGGGCAAGUGGGACAUCCAGCAUGCUCUAGAAUCCACUCGACUUAAGCCAUCUACCGAGGCUUGUACUCAUUGGCUUAUACACGACCGUAUUAAAGCACAGCCCAACGAACCCGCGAUCUCAUCUUGGGACGGAAACCUCACCUACGGCGAGUUAGGUAUUCUUGCAAAUCGUUUGGCAUGGAAGCUUCAAGACCUUGGAGUCGGACCUGAAUCUCUCAUUCCACUGUGCUUCCCCAAAUCUACAUGGGCCGUUGUUGCCAUGGUUGCCGUUGUCAUGGCUGGAGGCGCUUUUGUUCCUCUUGACCCCAACGCACCGACUGCUCGUCUUCGAGGCCUUGUCGAAGAUACAAAGGCAACUUUGGCAGUUGCAAGCCCAUCAUGCCAAGAUUCCCUCCGUGAUGUUGGUAUCGACGUAUUCGUUGUCGACGAGGCUCUCCUACUUGAGCUUUCAGACCCUGUAUCAGCGGUUACGUCUUCAGUAGAACCAGACAAUGCAAGCGUCGUCCUAUUCACCUCAGGAUCUACCGGCAAGCCCAAGGGUAUGGUGAUUCAGCAUAAUAGCUUGUGUUCAUCUGGAAAUGCUUAUGGCACGGAUCUUAACAUCGGACCGGGCACACGUGUAUUCCAAUUCUCUGCUUAUACUUUCGAUGUCGGUGUCCUUGACUGCCUUGUGUCUCUCAUGCGAGGCGCAACUAUUUGCAUUCCAUCAGACCAUGCACGCCUCAAUGACCUCGCCGGUGCUAUGAAUGCAACAAAGGCUAACUGGGUGUUCCUUACACCUACUGUUGCAGAUCUUCUUUUGCCCACCGACGUUCCACACCUCAAGGUUCUCUGUUUGGGUGGUGAAGCUAUUAGCAAGAAAUGCGCAGAACGCUGGAUUAGCUACACUGAAGUACACGGUCUCUAUGGUCCCGCUGAAGCAUCUAUUUGUGCUUGGAACCCUUUUGUUGGUAGAUCUGGCCUUUCAACUAAUCUUGGAAGACCUACAUCAUCGGCCUUUUGGGUAGUCGAACCCAGUGACAGCAAGCGACUGGUUCCCGUUGGUUGCAUUGGCGAGCUCCUUAUUGAAGGUCCCAUGCUCGCUCGAGGAUAUAUCAAUGUGAGCGCUGAAGUUGCUUCAAAUUGGAUGGAAAACGUGGACUGGCUCCCCGGUACCGACAAUAAGAGGGUCUACAAGACCGGUGACUUAGUUCGACGCAACGCUGAUGGCACUUUCGACUUCGUAGGCCGAAAAGAUACCCAGGUUAAGCUCCAUGGUCAGCGUGUUGAACUUGGUGAGAUUGAAACACGCAUUCACGAGUUUCUACCAACGGAUAUGGCUGCCAUAGUGGCCAUUGUCAAGGACGAGCAUGAGCAUGACAACUUAUUUGCCUUCUUUUGGUACACUGAAGGUGCUGCUGCCUCUAAAUUUACCGCCUGUUUGAUGGAAACUACCACUGAUGAUGCUCGCGCUGUGAUUUCUCAUGUUGACUCUUCUCUGGGUCUGGUGCUGCCAUCAUACAUGAUUCCAUCAACUUAUUUGGUCUUUGAGGGUAAGCCUGAGCAGACAGUAAAUGGUAAGGUCAACCGCCGUGCCUUGAUUGCUCACGCUCAAAAUUUAUCGACUCAAGAUCGUCUGCGCUUCGCACCCAAGGUUGGCGAGAAUGAGCCACCAACUACGCCCAUGGAGUUCAAGCUCAGAGACCUUUGGGCUCAGGUCCUACAUACUGAUGUUCAAUCCAUUGGUAAGAACGAUAGCUUCUUACGCAUUGGAGGCGAUUCUAUCAGUGCUAUCCAGCUAGUGUCUGUAGCCCAGCAGAAUAACAUUGGUCUCACGGUGGCCACAAUCUUCAACGAUCCUCGCUUAUCUCAGAUGGCCGAGGCUGCUAAUGCUGAUGAAAUCAUGCCUUCUUACGAGACCAAGCCUUUUAGCAUCAUUCCUGCCGCGAACAUGGAUGCUGUUCUUGCUGAAGUGCGAUCCCAGUGUGAUCUCUCUGAGUCUGCAAUCAUUGAGGAUGCUUAUCCAUGUACACGCCUUCAAGAAGGUUUGAUGGUCCUUGCGGUCAAGCAACCGGGGUCAUAUGUUGCCAAGCAUGUAUAUCGUCUUGCUACAAGCAUAGAUAUAGAACACUUUCAGCACGCUUGGGAUCAGACUGUGGAGGCUUGUGCAGCUCUCCGAACGCGGUUUGUCCUUGUUGACGGCAAAGCUUUCCAGGCUGUUAUUAAGGAUUCCGUCCACUGGCAGUCUUCAUCAGAUGUUCGAUCGUUCGUCAUGUCCACAGAGAACUCUCACAUGGGCUACGGUUCUCCCCUUUGUCGUUUUGCCAUUAUUCAGCAAGACGGCGAAGCCUAUUUUGCCUGGAACAUCCAUCACACUAUUUUCGACGGAUGGACUUUGCCAUUGAUAAUGAGCACCCUCCAUGCUUUCUAUUACGGGACUGAGAUUCCUUCACUCCUCCCAUAUUCCGGUUUCGUUAAAUACCUCGAGAACUUAGAUCAUGUGGCUGCUAGUGAUUAUUGGACUCAGCAAUUAGACGGUGCUAAGAAGGCAGUAUUCCCUCCUGCUAAUGGAGCGGCUAAAGCCAAGAAGUCGGAAACGUCAACUCGCGUCAAGUACAGCGCGAUUCAAUUCCCUCGAUCUACCAAUACCUCCGUUACAAAAGCUUCAGUUCUUCGAGCAGCAUGGGCUAUUGUGCUCGCACGAUAUAAUGAUUCUGAUGAUGUUUGCUUUGGAACUACGGUUUCUGGCCGCCAUGCCCCUGUUCCCGGCCUUGAACGAAUGCCCGGUCUUGUAGUCGCCACUGUCCCAGUUCGCGUAAAGCUGGACCAAAAUCAGACUUUAGGUGGCUUUUUAGACGGCAUUCAAUCACAAGCUUCUGAAAUGGUUGCUUACGAACAAUUUGGCCUUCAGAAUAUUUCCAAGCUAAAUGCCCAAGCCAAGGAGGCUUGCGACUUUGCCAGUUUGUUAGUUGUACAGCCUAUUCAACAGAUGACUUCAACUGGAAACGGGGAAGAAGAGGCUUUACUCAGUGCUGCAGCCGUCGAUGAUGUUCAUGCUGAUGAGAUGCUAGAGAACUAUUUCAAUUAUCCUUUAGUUCUACAGUGUCACCUGCUUGACGAUCAUGUCAACCUCGUUCUUAUUUAUGACGUUGACCUGAUUUCUGAGUACCAGCUUACUAACCUUUCUCAUCAAUUUGAACACGUUGUUGCGCAGCUGCUUGGUCAAGAGAAUAGCUCUCUAUCCACAAUCUCUAUAGCAAGCGAAUGGGACCUCCAAUUCGCGCGUGCGUCAAACCAAGAUGAGCCUGCUGUUGUCGAAGAUUGCAUUCAUAUUUUGAUUGAGCGGCAAACUCUACUGACCCCAGAUAUUCCAGCUAUCAAUGCUUGGGAUGCCAGCUUUACCUACGCUGAGUUAGACCGUGCUGCCAACAGACUGGCGAACUAUCUGAUUCAGUCCAUGGGUGUUAAUGUGGGCGACUUUGUUCAUGUAUGCUUUGAGAAAUCGGCUUGGCAUAUAGUCUCAACCCUGGCAAUCAACAAAGCUGGCGCAGCCUGGAUACCACUUGACCCAUCACACCCAACUGAGCGCCAUCAACAGGUUGUCAGUCAAACCGGCUCCUGCUUAGCUCUUACUUCGGCGUCCAACGCCUCUAAGUGUGCUGAGCUAGUUGCCAAUGUCCUGGAAGUCACGCGAGAUCUUGACGACAAGCUUGUCUCCGAUCCAGAAAUUUCCGACAGUAAACCCACAACAACUGUUACUUGCAAUAACGUUGCGUACAUCCUUUUCACCUCCGGAUCUACUGGUGUCCCCAAGGGCGUCGUCAUGGAACAUGGGUCCCUCUGCAGCAGCCAAACCUCUAUUAGUAAGAGGCUUGGCUAUGCUCCUGGCGUGAACAUGCUCCAAUUUGCCUCUUUUGUCUUUGACGCAUGUAUUGGGGAAGUGAUUGCCCCAUUAAUCUCGGGCGCUUGUGUGUGUAUUCCAUCGUGGGAGACACAGAUGAGCUCUCUUACAACCUACAUUCGUGAGACCGGUGUCAAUUGGGCAAUGCUUACCCCUUCCUUUGCCCGUACCAUUGAUCCCCAGGAAGUCCCUUGUCUAGAGCUUCUGAUUCUUAUUGGCGAAGCUGUUAGUCGCGAUGUUAUGGAGCUAUGGUUUGGCAAGCUUCGUCUACUCAAUGGUUGGGGCCCAACUGAAACCUGCGUCUUUGGCGCAUUACACGAGUGGAAGUCUCUUAAUGAGUCUCAGCUAACAAUUGGUCAACCUGUUGGCGGCUACUGCUGGCUUGUUGACCCUGAAGAUUGCCAGAAAUUAGCUCCCAUAGGCACUUUUGGUGAAGUUGUUAUCCAGGGACCUAAUUUAUUCCGCGAGUACCUUUCGGAUAAGGAAAAGACUGCUGCUUCGACUGUCGCGUCCCUCCCCGCAUGGGCACCUAAUCGCCACUCUCGUCACUGGAACCGAUUUUACAAGACAGGCGAUUUGGCAAUGUAUAAUUCUGAUGGAACUAUUCAGUAUUAUAGCCGCAAGGACACACAGGUCAAGAUCCGUGGCCUGCGAGUGGAGUUGGGCGAAAUCGAGUACCAUGUUCUCCAGAACCUCGAUGGCAUCCAGCAAGCCGCUGUCGGCGUCCAUAAGACUGACGCUGGCUCCAAUCUCGUUUCCUUUGUUUGCUUCAACAAUGAUACCCUCCCUUCCAGCGCUACUGGUAAUAUCACCAGCCAGGACAUCAUCUUGCCGUUUACGGCGGAACUAAAAGACAAUAUCAAUAGCCUGCAAAGCCGUCUGAAUACUAUCCUCCCCGGUUAUAUGGUUCCCACAUUAUUCAUUCCUUGCAAUGCUAUGCCACUCGUUACUUCUGGCAAGCUCGACAGAAAGCUUUUGCUGAACAUCACCGCUUCUUUGACUAAAGAGCAACUUGAGAAAUAUGCUUUAAUUGACGGUGACAAGACGCAGCCGGAAACCGAAAUGGAGUUCCGUCUGCAAGAACUUUGGGCUACUCUUUUGAACAUGCCCGCCGCCUCUAUUGGUCGCCUGGAUAACUUUUUGAAAAUUGGAGGUGACUCCAUAGCUGCCAUUGGGCUUAUUUCCAAAGCGCGCGAUUAUGGCAUUUCUUUGAGCAUCAAUGAUAUAUUCAACGACCCGCGACUCUUUGCUGUUGCAGCUAAAGCCAUCGAUGUAGAUGGCGAAGCCGAAGAGAUGGCGUUUAUUGAUCCAUUUUCUCUGCUUGAUCGGGAUCAACAAACCAUGGUUCUCGGCGGGUUCUCCGAGCUCCAACUGCCAACAGACAUGGAAGUCGAAGAUGCCUUCCCCUGUUCUAAGCUUCAAGAAGGUUUAAUGGCUUUGGCGGUCAAGCAACCUGGCUCCUACAUUGCCAAGUAUCAUUACCGCUUGCCUGCCCACGUCGAUGUUGGCAGAUUCAAGCGCGCCUGGGAACGAACCGUCGAGCUCUGCGCCAACAUGCGCACUCGCAUAAUUAGUAUUGGCGGCAUGACGAUUCAGACCAUCGUCAAGAAUGAUGUGGCUUGGGAAAAUACCCAAGGAAUAACUCUCAUGUCAUAUCUUCGAUCCCCUGCGAUGACAGAAAUGAGCUAUGGCUCCCGCCUCUGUCGUUACGCCCUGAUAGAAGAAGAGGGUCAGGACGUCCAGUUUGUGUGGAAUAUUCAUCACGCAGUCUUUGAUGGCUGGACAACGCCCAUUAUUCUAGGUGUUCUACACAGCGCCUACAGAGGCAUUGGAGAGCCCAAAAUCGAGAACUAUGCCAGGUUCAUCAAGUAUACGAUGGGUAUCAGCCACCAGGAAGCCAGUGAGUACUGGAUGAGAGAGCUCCAUGAUGUCAAGAAAGCUACUUUCCCCUCCUCCAUUCACAUCGAGUCAGCUGAUGAGGGCGAUGUCACUCGCUUUAUGGAAACCCGCAUCAGUCUGCCGCCAAACGGCGCAAGCGUUACUAAAGCGACUAUCCUCCGCGCAGCAUGGGCGGUGGUCCUCGCGCGUUACUGUGAUACUGAUGAUGUUUGCUUUGGCACAACAAUCUCGGGUAGACAGGCCCCUGUUUCUGGGCUGACGGAGAUGCCUGGCCCAGUUAUCGCAACUGUGCCAAUUCGAGUCCGCUUGGAUCGACAAAAAUCUGUGGGCACGUUUCUGCAAGGUAUUCAAGACCAAGCAACUCAAAUGGUCGCCUAUGAGCAGUUCGGCCUUCAAAGUAUAGGCAAAUUAAGUGCUGAUGCUAAGGACGCGUGUGACUUUUCAUCGCUUCUUGUCAUUCAGCCCGUGCAGACUUUGAUAUUCGAUGAUAAUGACAAUGAAGAUGCCUUGUUGGCUGCACCCAGCGCUAUUGGCGAGGCCAAAGAAGAAUCGAUGCAAAACUAUUUCUCUUACCCAUUGGUGAUUCAAGGGCAUUUGCACAAUGACUUUAUCAACCUUGUUUUGAUUUAUGAUUCCCGUGUUCUAUCAGAUUCACAACUUGUGGCGCUUUCACGACAGUUCAAGAAUACUGUUGAACAGCUUGUCUCCCAACCUCAGUUAAGCCUUGAGUCUCUAUCCAUCGCUUCAGACUGGGACGUCACCCAAUCUCUCCAAUUCAACCCCGAAAUCCCUGACAUAAUCGACUCAUGUGUCCAUGAGCUUAUUGAGGCGCAAGCCAAAAUCCGCCCCGAUGCUGUCGCAAUUAACGCCUGGGAUGCCAAAUUAACGUAUGCCGAAUUCAACUGCGCUGCUAAUCGCCUUGCCAAUCACCUUGUGGCCGUUUAUAAUCUCAACGUUGGAGACUUGGUCCACGUGUGCUUUGAAAAGUCAGCAUGGUUCUUUGUGUCUAUUCUCGCAAUCAACAAAGCUGGUGCUGCUUGGGUUCCUUUGGAUCCGUCUCAUCCAGAGAAGAGGCUUCGGCAAAUCGUAUCUCAGACAGGUGCUAACGUUGCGUUGGCUUCACCCGAUAAUAGCACUUUGUGUGCUGGCUUAGUUGAGUCUGUUGUAAUUGUCAACUCAAAGCUUGACUUGGAGUUAUCCAAGGUCAAAAACUACAGUCAGAAAGGUCCAGUAACUACUGUAUCUCCGGAAAGCCCUGUUUAUGUACUUUUCACCUCUGGAUCCACAGGAACGCCAAAAGGAUUAGUUAUGCAGCACAGAUCUGUAUGCACGUCACAAACCGCUAUUGUCAAGAGGCUUGGCCUGACCCCAGAUGUACGCAUGUUGCAAUUUGCGGCUUUCGUAUUCGAUCUUUCCAUUGGUGAGAUUAUUGCACCCUUAAUUACUGGUGCAUGUUUGUGUAUACCAUCGGAUUACACUCGCAUGAAUGGGCUUGUACAGUUCAUUCAAGAGACAGACGUCAACUGGGCCUUCUUUACACCUUCGUUUAUCCGCACGAUAAGCCCGUCAGAGGUUCCAAGCCUUGAGCUUAUUCUACUAGCUGGCGAGGCUGUCCCUCGAGACGUUCUCGCCACUUGGUUCGGUAAUGUCCGCCUUAUUAACGGAUGGGGGCCAGCUGAGACCUGUGUAUUCUCAACCCUCCACGAGUGGCAAUCAGUCAACGAAUCACCUCUUACGAUUGGUAAACCCGUUGGUGGCUUCUGUUGGAUCGUCGAGCCAGAGCAUCCUGAUCGCUUGGCCCCUAUUGGAACACUAGGAGAGGUUGUCAUUCAAGGGCCAACCUUGUUACAAGAGUAUCUCGCAGAUCCCGAACGAACUCAAGCUUCUGUUAUAGAUGAUAUUCCUCAAUGGGCCCUUCGUUCUCGCCCUGAUUCCAAGCACUGGAACAAAUUUUACAAGUCGGGAGAUCUUUGCUACUAUAACUCAGAUGGCACAAUCGAGUUUUCUACUCGUAAGGAUACGCAAAUCAAGAUACGCGGCUUGCGCGUGGAGUUGGGAGAAGUUCAGUAUCAUGUUCAACAAGCACUUACUGGAGCACGACAAGUCGCCAUUGACGUAUACAAAGGCGAAAAUGGCACGAAUCUUGUUGCAUAUUUCUGUCCCAGUGAUGAGGCUCGAACCGUGGGAAUUACCGAUGCCAAUUCAGAUGGGCCAUUCCUCCCGCUUGAUGCAGAUUUACAGUCCCAUCUAGCAGUCGUCAUUGGCCAACUAAGCAUUUCUCUGCCGCGCUAUAUGAUUCCUACAAUGUUCAUCCUCUGCAGUUACAUGCCCUUCAUCACCUCGACAAAGCUUGAUCGCAAUACACUCAAGAAACUUACUAGCAGUCUAAAUAAGGAUCAGAUUGCGCAGUACUCUCUCCUCAAUAGCAAGAAGCGUUCACCAGAAACACCUAGAGAGGUCUUUUUACAGAAGCUAUGGUCUAAACUGCUUGGAAUAUCCAUUGAGUCAAUUGGCUGUGACGAUAGCUUCCUAAGCCUAGGUGGCGAUUCCAUUACUGCAAUUCACAUGGUCAGCGCGGCUCGCGAAUUAGGCGUCAUGCUGGCUGUAAAAGACAUCUUUGACGACCCUCGCCUAUCCGCCGUUGCCAGCAAAGCUCGUGAUAUUGCAGAACAUGAGCAAGCCUCUGACUUUGAUGCCACCCCAUUCUGCAUGCUUGAUACUUCCAUACGCCAGCUUGCUCUUGGUGACGACGUUCGAAGCCUCUGCAGCCUGGCCGCCAACGAGGAAGUGGAGGAUGCCUAUCCUACAACCAUGUUCCAAGAGGGAAUGAUGGCUCUUUCUGUAAAACAGCCGGGUUCGUAUAUUGCCAAAUACGCCUAUCGCCUGUCAAAGAACGUGGACAUCAGUCGCUUCAAAGCAGCCUGGGAAAACACCAUUGCCUUGUGCCCUACUAUGCGCACUAGAAUCGUUUUACUCGAUGGAAAGUGCGUUCAAAUAGUUGUUAAGGAAGACGCCAGUGGGUGGCCUCAGAAUCAUGUAAAUGCACGCGCCGCUAGACAAGCCAUCCAGGGCACUGAAAUGACCUAUGGCUCUCGUCUCUCUCGGCUGUCUUUAAUUCAUGAUGACGGAACCGACUACUUCUUCUGGACUGUGCAUCACGCAGUUCAUGAUGGCUGGACCGUCCGUCUCAUCAUGACUACUUUCCAGAACGCAUACCACAAUCUAGAAUUGCCCGUUUUGAGGCCAUAUUCGGCUUUCAUACACUAUCUUACAGGCAUAAACGAUGUCGAUGCCGCCAAUUACUGGAACCAGAAACUGCAAGGCGCCAAAAAGGCUUCUUAUCCUCCAGCUGCACCAGUCUCUGCACCAGAGGGCGCCACUCGACUGAUCAGCAAGACCAUCCAAGUCCCCGCCUCAGCCGACCCUUCGAUAACAAAGGCUACUAUUAUGCGAGCCACCUGGGCAAUUGUGCUUGCUCGCUAUUGUGAUACUGACGACAUCACUUUCGGUACAUCGAUUUCAGGCAGACAAGCUCCGGUUUCUGGUCUCAUGGACAUGCCGGGCCCUGUAGUCGCUACUGUUCCUGUGCGUGUACGUCUUGAUCAGAAACAGACAAUAGGCAAAUACCUCCAUGCUGUCCAAAAUCAAGCUCAUGAAAUGGUUCCAUAUGAGCAAUAUGGCUUGUCAAACAUUGGAAAGAUUCAUCCCGACAUGAAAGAAGCAUGCGAUUUCACGAGCCUAUUGGUUGUGCAACCUAGAACACACCUGGAUUCCCGGAGCAAAACUAUGUCUGCUGAGACUGAAGCUGUUGGGGACGAUCUUCUGAUGCCUGCUGCUAUUGAAGGUAGUUCUGCCGAGGAAUCGAUGCAAGGGUAUUUCUCUUACCCUCUUGUUAUCCAAGGCCACUUGUUCAAUGAUUUCAUUGAGCUGUUUAUCACCUUUGACUCUGCUGUAGUCUCUGAAUCAGCUAUGGAGGCCAUGUGCCAUCAAUUCAAUCAUGUGGCUUCCCAGCUAUUCAUGGGCGAAAACCUUACCCUUGAAGAUCUGACUGUUGCUUCCGAUUGGGAUCUUCAACGUGCCACAGAGUUCAAUCAAGAGAUCCCCGAAUUUAUGGACACCUGCGUUCAUCAUCUUAUUGAAGCGCGUGCUAAAGAGGCUCCUACUUCGCCAGCCAUCUGGGCGUGGGAUGGUCAAUUGACUUAUGGACAGCUUAAUGAGUUAGCUAACACUCUAGCUCACCAUCUGAUUGCUGACUAUAAUGUCCAAGUCGAGGACCUCAUCCACGUCUGCUUCGAAAAGUCAGCUUGGUACUGGGUAUCUAUUCUCGCGGUUAACAAAGCUGGUGCUGUAUGGGUUCCUCUUGAUCCAUCUCAUCCCCAGCAGCGCAUUCGUCAGGUUAUUUCACAGACCUUCUCUGAUGUAAUUGAUCAAGUGAUUGACAUCUCUCCGACUCUAUACGACCGUCUUGAUUCCCAGCUUGGUGCAAAAGAGCCACAAGUACCGGUGCAUUCUUCCAAUGCCGCCUACGUUUUAUUCACCUCCGGCUCCACAGGUACGCCUAAGGGUCUGGUCCAGACACAUGGCGGCGUUGCAACCAGUCAGCUUGCUAUUGGAGAGAGGCUCGGUGUGGAUUCAAACCACCGAACUCUCCAAUUUGCUUCGUACGUGUUUGAUUUAUCGCUCGCUGAUGGACUACUGCAGCUUAUAUUCGGCGCUUGUCUCUUCAUACCUUCUGAGAACACCAGGAUGAAUGGACUCAAAGAAUUCAUCAAUGAGCACAAAAUUAACUCGCUCCUUUUGACGCCGUCCUUUGUACGAACUAUAACUCCAGAGCAGGUUCCUUCAGUCAAAUUCUUGUUCCUAGCCGGUGAAGCUGUCCCUCGCGAUGUUCAUAGUGCGUGGGUUGGUAAAGUUCGUUUGUUUAAUGGUUGGGGCCCUGCUGAGACCUGCGUCAUCAGCUCUCUACAUGAGUUUACAUCUAUUGAUGAAUCUCCAUUAACUAUUGGUCGCCCUAUUGGAGGUUAUUGUUGGAUUGUGGAUCCUGAGAACCCUUAUAAGCUUGCGCCUAUAGGUACUCUAGGUGAAGUUGUCAUUCAAUGCCCAGCAGUCUUGCGACAUUAUCUCAAUGACGUUGAGCGUACCAAGGCCUCUAUCAUGGAUAACUUACCUACGUGGGCACCUCGCCGCGACGAUCCUCACUGGUCACGUAUGUUCAAAUCUGGAGACUUGGCCUCGUACAACCCUGACGGUACUCUUGAGUUCUGCAGUAGGAAAGAUACGCAAGUCAAGAUUCGAGGUUUCCGCGUGGAAUUGGGAGAGAUUGAGCACCACGUGCGUAGCAAUCUUGAAAGCGCUCGUCAAGUUGCUGUUGACGUUUUCAAGACUGAAGCUGGUACAAGACUAGUGGCUUAUUUCUGCUUUUCAGAUGAAACAACUACUGCCGGAGUUUCUCAGUCGGAAGAAACUAUCUUCCUUCCUAUAUCCGAAGAACUUCAAAAGCAGCUUGCAGACAUGGUCAGCCAGCUCAGCGUUUUGCUACCUCGCUAUAUGGUGCCUUCGCUUUUCAUCCCCUGUCGCUAUAUGCCUUUUAUCACCUCUAAAAAGUUGGAUAGAAAUAAGUUAAAGAAACUCGUUUCUGAACUUAGCCAAGAACAAUGCAAUGCUUACUCUUUAAGCAGCGGCAGCAAACGUAUGCCUGAGACCGAGAUGGAGAGACGCAUGCAGGAGCUUUGGUCUGCUGUCUUACACAUGCCUAAAGAAGAUAUUGGCUGCGAUGACAGCUUUUUACAGAUCGGCGGCGAUUCUAUCACUGCCAUCCAGCUUGUUACCAACGCCCGCGAAGCCGGCAUUUCGAUCGCUGUGAAAGACAUCUUCAAGGAUCCUCGCCUUUCGAAACUCGCGCUGAUAGCCAAUAACUCUAGCGAUAUGGGUCUAUCAAUUGCUGCGCCUUUCAGCUUGCUGGACAAAUUCAUUAGCAAGGCGCAUAUCAUUGAUGCCGUCAGAGAACAGUGCAAUCUUGCUGGAGACGAUCUACUAGAAGAUGCCUACCCCUGCACCCAGCUUCAAGAGGGACUUAUGGCCCUCGCAAUUAAGCAACCCGGAUCUUAUGUUGUCAAAUACCUUUAUCAACUUCCUGAUCACGUUGAUAUUAAGAGAUUCCGUGCUGCCUGGGAGCUUACUAUCAAGAGUUGCACCAAUCUUCGCACCCGUAUCCUUCUCGUCAACGGUGUCGCCAUUCAAGCCAUUCUUAAAGAUGACAUUGCCUGGGAUGAUACUACCAAUGUUUCGCUUGAGUCAUAUGCUCGCGCUACACUUUCUUCUGAAAUGGGUUAUGCACAGCGCCUCUGCCGCUACGCCAUCAUCGAAGGAGAAAGCGGAAACUAUUUUGCAUUCAGAAUCCACCAUACUGUUUUCGACGGCUGGUCUCUUCCUUUGGUGAUGGGCACACUCUCAGCGGCGUAUUUUGAUCUUGAGUUGCCUUCUUUGCAGUCUUAUUCUGCCUUUGUCAAGUAUACAACCGAACUCGAUCACAACUCUGCAUCCGAGUAUUGGAAGCUGCAGCUACAAGGUGCCAAACGUGCAAGCUUUCCGGCUCCCAGCGACAAGCCCAGCUUUUCUGAGACGCGCGUCAUGAACAAGACCAUUGAGUUCCCUAAUACUAACACGUCCAUCACGAAAGCUUCAAUUCUUCGCGCUGCCUGGGCUCUCGUCCUUGCACGCUACUCUGAAAGCGAUGAUGUAUGCUUUGGUGCAACAGUAUCAGGUCGUCAUGCCAACGUGGCUGGUCUUGAAGCUAUGCCUGGCCUGGUCGUCGCUACCGUCCCUGUUCGUAUUCGCCUCGAUCGACAAAAGCCGUUAAAGUCUUUCCUUGAGGAUAUCCAAACUCAGGCUUCUGACAUGGUUGAUUACGAACAAUUUGGUAUUCAGAAUAUCUCUAAACUAGGCUUGGAUGUCAAGGACGCCUGCGACUUCACAUCUCUCUUAGCCAUUCAACCAGUUCAACAUAUGAGCGCCGAUAGCAACAAUGCCGGCCAACAAGAUGCUCUCAUCGUUCCAGCUGAUUCUCCCCAUGUUAAAGCUGAAGAUAUGCUGCAAAACUAUUUUUCAUAUCCUCUAGUUAUCCAGUGUCAUCUUUACGACAAUCGUGUUAACUUAGUUCUCGUUUACGACUCUAAUGUCCUUGAAAAAACUCACCUGGGUGCGCUAACACAUCAGUUCGACCAUGUGGUCCAACAGCUCCUUGCUCAGGGCGACGAAACUCUAGGCGAUGUGAACAUCGCUGGUCCUUGGGAUCUCCAACAAGCUGUAAAGCUCAACAGCAAGCAACCUGAAGUCGACCAAACAUGCUUACAUGAGUUGUUCGCUGAACAUGCCUCCCGAGAUCCAACUCAUGAAGCAAUAUAUUCUUCUGAGGGCAGCCUUACCUAUGGUGAGCUGGAUCAUCUAUCUGAUAUCCUUGCUACGCAUCUCAGUUCUUUGGGUGUUGGUCCAGAAAUAAUAGUACCGUACUGUUUCGAGAAAUCGAUGUGGGCUGUUGUUGCAAUUUUGGCAAUUCUGAAGGCUGGAGCUGCAUUUAUGCCUCUUGAUCCGUCACACCCCAUCAGCCGCCGCGAGGAAUUGAUCAAAGAAGUCAAAGCCCGAGUGAUCAUCGCGUCUCCAAAUGCUGCUGCCUCGUGUGCAGGCAUGGCCGAGCACGUUGUUGAGUUAUCGCCAAGUGUGAUGACUAGGCUUUCUACUUCUGUAAUCCUCACAGCCCUUCCCAAAGUCAGACCAGGGAACACUGCGUACGUCCUUUUCACCUCUGGAUCAACCGGAAAGCCCAAAGGCAUUGUCAUGCAGCAUUGCUCUUUCAGCUCUACUACCGUUGCAUACGCCAAGGUUUAUGGUAUCGAGACAGCAUCAAGAGUUUUCCAAUUUUCCAACUACAUCUUUGAUGGUAGCUUGGGCGAAAUAUUCGGCCCGUUAGCCACUGGAGGAACUAUUUGCAUACCAAACGAGGAUGAACGUCUUCAGAGCGCCCCUACUUUUAUGCAUACGGCCAAGGUGAACACGGCCAUGUUGACCCCAUCCUUUGUGAAGACCUUUACGCCGGACCAGGUGCCUUAUCUGAAGACUUUAGUCUUGGGUGGCGAAGCUGCUUCCAAGACCGCUUUGGAAAUGUGGGUUGACCGCGUUACUCUAUUCAAUGGAUACGGACCUGCUGAAGCCUGCAACUACGCGACGAUACACAAAUUCAAAUCCAGUGCCGAAUCCCCUCGUGUUAUUGGAUCUGGCUUCAACGGAGCUUGCUGGAUUGUCGAGCCUGAUGACUAUAACAAGCUUACGCCUAUGGGUUGCAUAGGCGAGCUUGUUCUUCAAGGCAGAGCCCUUGCGCGUGGUUAUUUGAAUGAUAAGGCGAAAACGGACGAGUCUUUCGUCACCGAAGUUGGGUCUAUUCCAUUGUCUCUUUUGCCUAAGCCGCACAGAUUCUACCUCACAGGAGAUUUAGUCCGCUAUAAUUCUACCGGUGAGCUAGAAUAUCUAGGUCGAAAAGACUCACAAGUCAAACUACGAGGUCAACGCCUUGAGUUGGGUGAAAUCGAAUAUCACAUUACUCGGCUACUCGAAAAUGUAGAACAUGCCGCUGUUGACGUUCUUCGUAGAGAUAACGGCGAUUCGCUCGUUGCAUUUGUCUCGUUUGCCGAUGACGGGAAUGCCAAUUGGACGUCAGAUGAACCGUCGCUAAAUUUGCUUCCUAUAGACAACUCCAUCAGGCCCAUCCUCGAUAGCUUAAGAGAAGGUCUGAAGUCUGCUCUUCCUAGCUACAUGGUGCCAAGCGUCAUCUUACCCCUUCGUUGCAUGCCUUUCAUUACAUCAAUGAAACUCGACAAGAAGCAGCUUCUUGCUCUGGCCAACAGCCUCUCUAUUGAAGACAUAUCUGCUUACGCAGCCUCAAAGAGAAUAAUGGUUGAGCCCACGACUGAACUUGAAUUCAAGCUGCGAGACUUAUGGGCGCGGGUGCUUGGAGUAGAGGCCAGCGAAAUUGGUCGCAAUGACGCCUUUCUCGACAUCGGCGGCGACUCCAUUACCGCAAUCCAUCUCGUCACUGCCGCACAGAAAGCGGACAUCAACAUCACCGUUGCCAAAAUCUUUUCUGAUUCCAGGCUAUCCUCCUUGGCAGCCUCUGCGCAAGUCGGUUUCAUUGCCAAAACCUUAGAAGCCAAACCUUUCUGCAUGCUACCCAGCAUGAAUAUCGGCGACUUGACUAGAGUGGCUCGAAGCUUGUGUCAUUUACCAGAUUACUCUACACUAGAGGAUGCCUUCCCAUGCACGAGUCUACAGGAGGGUCUUAUAGCUAUUGCAAACAGACAGCCCGGGUCUUACAUCGCCAAGCAUGUCUACCAACUUCCUCCACAUGUAGAUAUCGCUCGCUUCAAAAGUGCUUGGGAACGUACCGUUGAAGCUAGCAGUAACCUACGCACUAGGAUCAUCUUAGUUGACAACAAGCACAUCCAAAUAGUUGUGAAAGAUGACAUCUUGUGGCAAUCUGGCUAUGAUCGUAGCUUGGAGGCAUAUAUUUGCGCGUCUCGGACUUUUGACAUAAAUUACGGAGCCCGACUCUGCCAAUAUGCUCUUAUCCAAGACGAAGACACUGGUCACAAUUUCUUCUCUUUAAGCAUUCAUCACACCAUCUUUGAUGGCUGGAGCUUGCCUCUCAUCAUGGGUACUCUAAAUGGCUUUUAUAACAAUACUGUGGUUCCUACACUCCAACCUUAUGCUGGAUUCGUCAAGUACACUCUUGACCUCGACGAGAAUAGUGCUAUCAAGUAUUGGACUGGACAACUCUCCGGAGCUAAGAAGGCUUCAUUCCCAGCUACCAAAGAGCUUGUGGGCUCCGAUGCCGCAAAUUCGGCCUCUCAGUUCUUGAUCAAGGCAAUUGAAUUCCCACGCUUGACAAGCUCAUCUAUUACCAAAGCCACAGUCCUUAGGGCCGCGUGGGCUAUUGUCCUUGCUCGUCAUUCGGAUACUGAAGACGUCUGCUUCGGCACAACCGUGUCUGGCCGCCAUGCUUCAAUUCCGGGUCUUGAAGCUACCCCCGGUUUAGUCGCUACCACUGUUCCUGUGCGGAUUCGUUUGGAUAAGCAGCAACCAAUAGCCCAAUUCCUCAAAGACAUACAGGCACAAGCCACCGACAUGGUUGAAUUCGAGCAAUUUGGCCUUCAGAACAUAUCCAAGAUGGGCACUGAGUUCAAAGAUGCCGUUGACUUUAGCAGCUUAUUGGCUGUUCAGCCUAUCCAGCAUAUUGGAUCAACAGGUGACAGCUCUGAGACGCCUCUCUUGGUUCCUGCCAGUUCCGAGCUUCUGCGUGCUGAAGAAGUCCUCCAAAACUACUACAACUACCCUUUGGUCGCCCAAUGUCACAUAUAUGAUGAAAUGGUCAAUUUGAUGUUCAUCUACGACCCGAGUGUAUUGUUAGAGUACCAGCUUCAAGCUCUUUCGCAGCAGUAUGAACACGUCGUGCAGCAGCUUCUGACACGUGGCCAAGAUACUCUUGGAAGCCUAUCUAUGACCAGUCCUUGGGACCUUCAACAAGUUCUAGAGUGGAAUAACGACGCUCCUGAACUUAUCGAGGCCUGUGUGCAUGAUCUGAUUUCCAGCAAUGCUCAACGCACUCCCGACCACGAGGCGAUAUAUUCAUCCGAGGGCAGUAUGACUUACGGUGCUUUUGAUAGCCUAACAGACGUGUUAGCCAGCCACCUUUGCGAGCUUGGCGUUGGUCCCGAGACAGUUGUUCCUUACUGCUUCGAAAAGUCUAUGUGGGCAGUCGUCGCUAUUGUUGGUAUUCUCAAGGCAGGGGGUGUCUUUGUUCCUCUAGACCCCUCGCAUCCUAUAAGUCGCCGGAAGGCCCUUGUUCAAGAAGUUAAUGCACAGAUCAUUGUUGCAUCGCCAGAGUCAGCUGCGUCUUGCGCUGGCCUAGCUCAUACAAUUGUUGACCUUUCAUCCGAAGCUAUGGCUCAACUAUCGGUUCUCGAGAAGCGUCUCACCGAGCCCAAGCGGCCAAGCCCAAGUAACGCAGCGUACGUGAUUUUCACAUCCGGAUCAACUGGUAAGCCAAAGGGUAUAGUGAUGGAACAUUCCGCGCUUACAACGAGUACUAUUGGCUACGGUCGUGUCUACAACUUAAGCCCAGCAUCACGCGUGUUCCAGUUCUCCAACUAUAUCUUCGACGGUAGCUUGGGUGAAAUACUUGCUACGUUGGCCUUUGGUGGUACUGUCUGUGUGCCUGACGAAACUGAACGUUUGCAAGACGCUCCGGGAUUCAUUCGCAAGGCUCGUAUUAACACUGCCAUGUUGACGCCUUCGUUCGUCCGCACAUUUACACCCGACCAAGUCCCGAGCCUCAAAACUUUAAUUCUUGGCGGCGAACCAGCCGGUAAAGAUAUUCUUAGUUCUUGGUGCGAUCGUGUGAGACUUAUCAAUGGAUACGGACCUGCUGAAGCAUGCAACUACGCAACAUGGUACCCCUUCUCGUCUCAACACGACUCGCCGCACAUUAUCGGAAAGCCGUUUAAUAGCUCUUGUUGGGUUGUAGAGCCUGAUAACCACCAUUUACUCACUCCAAUCGGCUGUGUUGGUGAACUCGUCAUUCAGGGCCAUGUGCUUGCUCGUGGAUAUAUCAACGAUUCAGAAAGAACGAAAAAUUCGUUUGUAACUGGCAUUUCUUCUCUUUCCACACAAGCUGUUGCCGGUCCUCGGCGUUUCUAUUUGACAGGCGAUCUGGUAAGAUACUGUGCAGAUGGUUCACUAGAAUACCUUGGCCGUAAGGAUUCUCAAGUCAAGCUUCGUGGUCAGCGUAUCGAACUUGGAGAGAUUGAGUAUACCAUUCAGCGAGCUCUGCCCGAUAUUGAGCAUGUGGCUGUUGAUAUCAUCACUAGAGAGUCUGGACAAUCGCUCGUUGCUUUUGUCUCAUUCUUAGGCACUUACAACGGCAACGGUGUAACCAGCUUUUCGGAUAAUCUUAUCGAGCCCAACGAUGCUCUUCGUACCGCUAACGCUGCUCUGCUUGACAAUCUUAAAGCUGUUCUUCCCGGUUACAUGGUGCCUAGUCUUAUUCUGACUAUCAGAAAGAUGCCCUUUAUCACUUCUAUGAAGCUUGAUAGGAACCAGCUGCGAAAGCUCGCAAGUACCCUGUCAUCUGAAGAGCUUGCCAUAUUCGCUCCUAGCAAGGCAGAUAAGAUUGAGCCAACAACCGAUAUGGAGUUCAGGUUACGAGAUCUCUGGGCUCAACUUCUCAAAAUCUCCCCCGAAGAGAUUGGCAAAAACGACAGCUUCUUGCAAAUUGGAGGAGACUCCAUCUCGGCUAUUCACUUAAUAACCUUGGCCCAAGAAAAGGGUAUUCUACUCACCGUUGCUUCAAUAUUCGCAGAUCCCAGAUUGUCUGCAGUUGCUGUCUCUGCUCGGUUAGGACAAGUUAAAGAUACGUACAGUACUGAGCCUUUCAGCAUGAUUCUGGCUUCCGAGCGUGAUAUCAUUGUCAAUGAGAUCGAGAAGCAAUGCAGUCUGUCUGCAAGCCAGUCAGUCGAAGAUGCCUAUCCGACCACAAAGCUACAAGAAGGACUUAUUUCGUUAUCCGUCAAGCAGCCCGGCUCAUACACUGCUAGAUACGUGUACCGUAUUCCUGAGCACGUCAACAUUGAGCGUCUCAAAGCAGCUUGGAUGAAGACUGUCGACGUCUGCCACAAUCUCCGUACUUCUAUUGUUCUUGUUGGUUCUAAAACUAUUCAAGCCGUCAUCAAAGACAGUUUGGGGCUAUCAUGGGAGUCAACCGCUGGUGUCUCGUUACAAUCCUAUAUGCAAAAUGCAAUCCCUUCCUUCAAUAUGGGUUAUGGUACACGUCUCUGCCGCUAUGCUCUCAUAGAAGAUGGCGACAGUCGCUACUUUACAUGGCACAUUCACCACUCAGUCUAUGAUGGUUGGACAUUCCCCAUCAUUAUGAGAACCUUGUAUGCCGCGUAUGCUGGCGCCGAAUUACCUCCUUUGCAGCCGUUUGCUCGCUUUGUCAAGUAUACGACGAGCAUCAACGAAAACGAUGUUGCAGAGUACUGGAGACGUCAGCUUCAUGGCGCUCAGCGUGCCUCUUUCCCGAGAGUUGAUCAACUUUCCUCCACGGCUGUCAGCAAAACUAACAUUACCAAAGUGUUGAAUAAGUCCAUUGAUUUCCCACGCACUACAAACACUUCUAUCACCAAGGCCACAAUUAUCAGAGCCGCUUGGUCAAUUGUCUUGUCUCAGUAUUGCGAUGCCAAUGAUGUUUGCUUUGGUACCACUGUCUCUGGUCGUCAAGCACCUGUUCCUGGCUUGGAGUCCAUGCCUGGUCCUAUGUUCGCCACUGUUCCUGUCCGCAUUCGUCUUAAUAAAGAACAGCCUGUAUCAAGUUUCUUGCAUGAUAUUCAAAUCCAAGCUUCCGAGAUGGUCGCCUAUGAACAGUUCGGUCUCCAAAAUAUCUCUGCUUUAAACCCAGAAGCUAGAGAAGCCUGUGACUUCUCCAGCUUACUCUCCAUCCAGCCUGCCCAACAACAGGCUGCUGAUGAGAAAGGCAUAGAUGAUGCCGAUUCGAUAUUAGUAUUUGGAGGCUCCAAGGAUUCCACGGAAGAGUCCAUGCAAAACUUUGCAAACUAUCCUUUGGUUCUUCAAAUCGCUGUUAUGGACACUCAAGUGGAUCUGUUGUUCAUUUACGAUUCUAGUGCUGUGACUGAAUUCCAAGCCACGGCAAUUUCUGAACAGCUUGCUCACGUCACUAGCCAACUACUUGCUCAAGACGAGACGCCGCUGGGUGAUGUGGAGGUCGCCGGUUCUUGGGAUCUCCAGAAGCAACUCGAGUGGAACAACGAGAUUUACGGUCCUUCGGACGCCACUCUUCACGAUCUCUUCUCAAACCAGGUCGUUCGUAGACCCAACCACGAGGCUAUUUAUAGCUGUGAAAGAAGCAUAUCUUAUAGCGAGCUUGAGCAUCUGACAACCCAGUUUGCCGCACACCUCUACGACCUCGGUGUCCGAUCGGAAACAAUUGUUGCCUUCUGCUUCGAGAAGUCCAUAUGGGCCAUCAUCGCGAUGCUAGGUAUUCUCAAGGCCGGCGGCACCUUUCUUCCGCUAGAUCCAUCCCACCCCAUGAGCCGACGACAGGCUUUGAUUGAUGAAGUCGGCGCACAGUUCAUGGUAGUAUCACCGAAAACGGCCCCUGACUGCCAGGGUAUGGUUCAAAGCACAGUUGAACUUUCUGCAUCUACGAUGGCUCACAUCUCUGCCAACAACACUACAGAGCUGUCCGUCCUCGUUUCAGAUCCAAACAACGCUGCGUACAUUCUUUUCACCUCCGGCACGACCGGCAAGCCCAAGGGCGUCGUCAUUACCCACGCGGGUGUGUCCGCGGCACUUCUCAGACAGCGAAAUGCUCUCUCGUAUGACGAUGAGACACGCAUGCUGCAAUUUUCUAGCUACAUCUUUGAUGGCUGUAUAAUUGAGAUCUUCACUUCACUUGCCAUGGGCGCCACGGUUUGCGUGCCCACAGAGCAUGAACGCUUGCACAAUGCCGCUACCUUCAUUCGUGACGCUCGCGUCAGCCAUGCACUCCUCACGCCUACUUUCAUCAAGACUCUGUCACCGGAUCAAGUCCCUGGAUUGAAAUCUCUCUUCACCAUGGGUGAGGCUCCCUCAAAAGAGCUUAUCGAGACAUGGGCUGGCAAGGUCGACCUCCGAAACGUCUAUGGUCCAGCAGAAGGCUGUGUUGCUUCUACCAGCCACAUAUACUCGCCUUCUAUCAAUACUUCCAUCACCAACAUCGGUCGCAGCUUUACUCACGGCCUUUGGAUUGUCGAUCCAAGUGACCAUAACCGCCUGAUGCCCGUUGGCUGUGUUGGUGAGCUAUUGCUACAAGGCUCGUGUUUGGCGCGCGGCUAUGUCAACGAAGAAGAGAAGACUAGACAGGCGUUUAUUGGCCAUGUCGAGUGGCUGCCAUCCGGCGCCAACGUUGGCGAGCGCCGCUUUUACAAGACGGGAGACUUGGUUUGCUACACCCCGGAUGGCUCAGUUGAAUAUCUUGGCCGGAAGGAUACUCAGGUUAAGAUCCGUGGUCAACGUAUAGAGCUUGGCGAAGUCGAGUACCAAAUCAGGCUCUCCAACGAUACCAUUAAACACGCUGUGGUUGACGUUGCUCGAAAUGAUGGCCGUGAAUCCCUCCUUGCCUUCGUCUGCUUUACUUCUCAUCAAGAGGCUGAGAGCAUCUCCAACCAAGUUAGUUUCACAGAGCUCACUAGCGAGCUGCGAGAUAUGUUCUCCCAGAUCGCUGCAAGACUCAGCUCUGUUCUGCCCGUCCACAUGGUCCCCAAGUACUUUAUUCCUGUGGACCACAUGCCUCAUAAUGCAUCUGGUAAACUAGAUCGAAAGCUGCUACUUGCGUCUGCCGCCAAAUUUGCGACUGAAGAGCUUUCGAGCUAUCUCACUGACCACCGUCCGCCUUUCCGUGACUGCUCCACUGAUGCCGAACUCUGGGUUCGAAACCAGUGGGCGGCUACUCUAGGCCUGUCUGCCGAAAACAUCGGCGUGGAUGACAAUUUCUAUAGCCUCGGCGGUGAUUCUAUCCGCAUUGUUACCAUCUCCAAGGCCAUCACCAGCGAGUACGGUGUUUCUCUUGGCAUGUCUCUUCUCAACUCGAAGCAUACUACGGUUUCGAACAUGGCUGAAUACAUCAAAAAUGAGCUCGAUGGACAACAGGAACAGGAAAUGGGUCGCGUCGAUAUCAUUGACGAGAUCUCGUCUCUUUCUCGUUCAAUCAUGGACACUGGUGCCCUCAAUCUCGCUGCUAACCCGAAGACCGAGUUACCUGACCAAGCCACCGUCUUCCUUAGCGGUGCUACUGGUUUCCUCGGUCAGGAAAUUCUCAGACAGCUAGUUUGCAACAAUAACAUCGCCUCCGUCAUCUCUCUAGUUCGAUGCAAGUCUCCUGAGCACGGCCUGGAUCGUAUCCGCAACGUUGCCAAGAUCGCUGGCUGGUGGAGUGAAGAGUACGCAAACAAGAUUGAGAUCUGGACCGGUGAUUUAAGUAAGAAGCGUAUGGAUCUGACAAAGGCGCAAUGGGCGCGCUUGUUCGGCCAGUCUACUAACAAUGUCGAUGCCAUCAUUCAUAACGGUGCCAUUGUCAACUGGAAUGCCGAUUAUAGCAAGAUGCGUGCUGCUAAUGUUGACUCGACUGUCGACCUUCUCAAAGCCACUGUCAACUCUCCUGCCUCGCCCAAGUUUCUCUUCGUCUCCGGUGGUAUCAGCACUGACCCUACUAUGGAUCGCACGAUUAUCGCACAAUACCUCGGCAACUCUAAUGGGUACAGCCAGACCAAGUUUGUCUCUGAAGGCGUUAUCCAAGAUAUUAUCGACACUCUUCCCGCUGACCAGAAUCGCAUUUCCACCCUCAAACCUGGCCGCAUCAUUGGAUCUUCGGAAACUGGUGUGGCCAACGUGGAUGAUAUGCUUUGGCGUCUUGUCUCUACUGCCGCUUCUCUCCACGUCUAUCCGUCAGAGCCAGAAGAGAAUUGGAUCUCUGUUGUUGGUGUCGACACUGUAGCUACCUCAGUUCUCAACCAGAUACACACCAAGAAGGGUAUCGCUCCCUUCGUCAACGUUCAGGGCGGAGUACCAACAACAGUUUUCUGGGAUCUCGUCAACAAAGAGCUUGAAGUUUCCUGCGAACCUAUUCCUUUGGAUGAAUGGAUUCACCGAGCCCUAGAGUCAAUGAACGAAGUUGGCGAAAAGCAUCCUCUAUGGCCUGUGCAGCACUUCCUUGGUGCCAUCAGCGCUCCUCAUAACCCUCGGGAUGCCGAAGUUGAAGUUUCUGAGCUUCAGCAGCGAUGCUUGGCUGUAAGGAUGAGCAUGCGAUACCUCAUCAAGAUUGACUUCAUCCAGUCAUCCACAGAAGGAUUUUCUCAGCCUCGUCGCGCGGACACUUUCCAACGUAUCCAUGGCUAA